AUGAUCUCUGCAGCGCCUCUCUACAGCGGGGUGCACAACUGGACUGGCGCUGAGUGGAUUCGCAUGUGUGGCCUCAGCGAAGAGAGGUGAGGUGCGCGUGGCCUCCACAGGCCAGGAGGGAAGAGGUUGGGCAGCUGGUGUGUAUGAGGUGUUGGAUUCCUUGUUAGAGGAUGCUGGGAAAAGGGGUGUCCUCCAGUUUGCAGAAAUGCAGUUCAGCUGACUUAAUUUGUAGGGUAUUUUAGCCAAAGAGACUUGGGAGUGGGGCUGGGGAACCUGUGGCCCUCCAGACUUUGCUGGGCUACAACUCCCACCAUUCCUGAUUGUUGCCUGGGGGCUUCUGGGAGUUGCAGUCCAGCAACAUCUGCAGGGACACAAGUUCCCACAAGUUCCCGGCACCAGACAUCAGCUUUAAACUGUUGCACCAUGUACCCACUACUUAUCUACAGUGGGUCAAAACAGUAGCUCUACAACCAUACAAAUAUAUGGUAAGAAAAAUAAUAAAUGGGUCAGGAUAUGUAUGAUUGAGCUAAAGGAAGUUCCUGGGUCUGAAAAAGCUGGAAGACUACUGCUUUAAAGUAGCUAUCUUGGUACCCACCAGAUGUGCUGACUAUGGCUCAGAUCAGCACCAGCCAGUACAUUUUAUGAUCUCUGUUAAUUAUUUUAACUCUCUCUUUUUUGCUGGAAGUGUGUGGCUUUGUUGUUUAAUAAUAAUGAAAGUUUUAUUCUUUCCUCCAAGUAACUUGUGGUUCUUCUCUCCCCCGUUGUUUAUUCCCACAACAACCCUGUGAGGUAGGCUACUUUGAAAGAGAGUGAUCAGCCCAAAGGCACCCAGGGAGCCUCAUGGCUGAGUGGGGGUUUGAACCUGGGUCUCUCCUUUCCUAGUCUGCUCUAACCACUGCAUCACAUGGUAUCGAGCCUUUUUUGUCAUUAAGUGGUACAUUGAAUAAUAAUAAUAUGUUGUUAUUAUUAUCAUUAUCAUCAUUAAUUUAAAGUAUGAAUUUGGCCAAGUAGUACUCAAUAUUGCGAGAUCUAUAUUAGGAUGGUAGUUUUUAAGCUAAAAUCAGAAACUUUCAAUGUAUCAGGUUUGAAUGGAGAAGCUUUGCUGGAUCCUUUUAAUUUUUGCAAGUUGUAUGACAUUUCACCUGUAACCGUAUGCAUCACCAACAGAGGCAAAGUGGGACAAAUCACUCCUACAUGAUCACAGGCACCUCUCUGAGUCUCUAGUAUGCAGUGGUGCUAUCAGGGCAGGGUUUGGAGAUGCAUGUCCAGAGCCCCACUCCUUAGCAAAAGGAGCGGGAGGGGUCCCAAAUGCAGCAUGACUGGCUUUCCACAUUUUUGAAGUGAUGUAAUGGACAUAAUAACUAGCAAAAGUUCCCUGCUGCCCCCAGCAAGACCAGUGUUUCAAGAUCAUAAAUCAUAAAUCUAAAGCUCAUUUGAAGCAUACGAUUUCCCCCAAAGGAUCCUGGGAACUGUAGGUUGUUUUUAGUAGCUAAGAAUUGCAGCUUUGUGAGGAGUAGACUGCAGCUCCCAGGAUUCUUAGAAGAAAGUCAUGUGCUUUAAAUUUAUAGCAUAUAUGCAGCCUGAAAUUAGCUGACAGCACCACCACUAACCACAUGUUUUUGAAGAGAUAGUGCUGCUCUACCUCCCCAAAAAAUGUUGGGGUGGAGGGAAAGAAGGAUUACUUUCUAAAAGCAUGGCCAGGCUUUCCACUCAGCACUCUUAAGUAGAGUAGGGGAUUGAGGUCAGGCCAAGUGGGUAAUGUGGGGUAUUUGAUGCUGGUUUUCUCCAUGGUUGAGAUAUGAGAGAAUUUGUGGAAAGUCUGGGAAGCUUGAGGUGAGGGAUCUCAGGGGGGAAGGUGGAUGGAAGGGAUCUCUUCUUUCAUCAUCAAGAUUCUUGGACUCUUCUUUUCCCCCACACUAACUUUGGCUACAAUCUCACCUGCUACUUCACAAGUUUACUUCCAUCGUCCUUGGUGGUAAAGUUUGGGAAGCUGCAGCCCUGGACCCAAAACAGCAUAGAUUUAGGAGUGGGUGCCACACGAAUCAAGGCAAACAGGUAGAAAAAGGUCUUGGGAGGGAGCUGGUUUUGUCCCUUGUUAUGGCUUUGUUAGUGUUCUUCAACCUUGGCUUCCCUGGAGUUGCAGGACUACGGCUCCCAUCAUCCCUGACUCUUGGCUAAACUGGUUCUGCAUGAUGGGAGUUUUAGUCCAGCAACACCUGGCGACCAAGACUGAAGCAUUCAGUGAUUCUGAAUUUCUCUUAAGUUACACAGGCCCACUGCUGAAGGUUGGGAAGCCAACCUUGCCUUGCUUGCACAUCCUUUAGGACAAGCGUGAGCUGUGUAUGACUCAUGAACUGCAUCUAGCUGAUGAAGCCCCCUGCCUACGUGCAUCUGCUAACAAGAGAUACCCCCAAAAGUGGGGUGGGGGGUGCUUUGGGUCUUGCAGGCUUGGGAGAUUGUUUCUCAGCUUCACUGUUCUUUCUCUUCUUUCUGCAACAGGAGAGCCCCACUUUCUGAUGAAGAAUCCAACACCAGCAACUCCCAGCAUCUGGGCUCCCCUGACUCCUGCACUGGCAGUAGCUUUUCUAAGGUAAGGGCAGCUGGUAUUAGUGGCUGUACCUAAGGGAGGAGGCUUUGACACUUGCUGAGAUACAGAGGGCCUAGGUGGCUAAUUAUCUGGCCAGCUCAAAUGGAAUGGGCUGCCACAGGGUGGACUGAUGGCCAUGGACUUGGGUGACUUUUUUAUAUAAAGGGUGUUAUGCACAUUCAUGGAGGAGAAGGAGAGAUUUGUUAAUGGCUGUUUACCCCCUGACCAAGUGGUAGAGCAACUGCUUUGCAUGUGUAUAGACCCAGGUUCAUUCCACAUCAACUCCAGAGGAUCAGGUUGCAGGUUCUAGGAAGGCCUGAGACCCUGGGAAGCUGCUGCCAGUCAAAGAAGACAGUAUUGGGCUAGAUGGGCCAGUCAUCUGAAUCUGGUACAAAAGGAUAUUCCUGUUUCUUAAGCCAGGAUAGCUAAAUGGAACCUCCGCGUGCUGAGGCAUUCUAUCCCCAAGUGAUCAGAUAUUGUGAGGAGAAUCAGAGCUUACAGGGUUAAUAGCUCUAUGUGUCGUCCUGCCCACUGGGAGGUGUAUUUUGUUCACAUAUGGGGAAUGUUCUUUGUGUGUGAAGUUACUUUCGGUUUUCGCUGACAAAAGGGAGGAUGCCUGCUCUUUCUCCUGGAUGAUUUAUUUGCUAUGCUGUACAUUAAAGCUUCUUUAGAUUAGAAAGAAGCCUGCGUACGGACUGUUAUUUUUGCACCCGCACAAGCACACUCCACUGUUUGUGAUACUCUGCUCGAAGCUGGGGAAAGUCCAGAAGCACAAGGAAGCGUACAGGACAUCCAGAAAUCAUCACAGGUUGUGGCAGUUGCCUGCAUAACACAACAGGUUAUGGAUUCAGCCACGUCGUGCCUGUGGGGGGGGGGAGCAGGAGAUCCAGCUGGAGAUCCUGCCUAAGGCUUGAGGCAGUGGAGCUCACUGGUGAAGGCCUCGUCUUCAGAAUUGGGUGCCAGGAGCUACUGGAACAUGAGUACGCUAAGCCCUGGGGGAGAAGAUGGCGGAAGGCCAAGAGUCCUACACAGUCCCUUUUGAGAGACUCAAUGGACAUAACUGGGAGGAAAGGUCCCGGAAAGCCUGGCUUACAGCCAAAGGUCUGUGGGAGGCAGCUCCGCUUCAGGCUGGAGACGGAGCUGGAGCAGCAGCAGUUGCAACGGCAAAUGCCUCACAGAGGAGGGACCAGAGAGCCCUGGGAUCUAUAGUGCUCAGUCUGGAUGGCUCACAGUUGCCAGUUGUUGAGGGUCUUGGAAACGCCCAGGCUGUUUGGCAGGAACUGGAGAGGGUUCAUCAUGGAACCACAGCGGGAGCCAAAGGCCACAUCCCCAGAAGCAGGACAGCCUCAAGGAGAGCUGCCGCCAGGAGUGAGGGAGCAGUAAAGGCAGAAAACACAGUCAAAGCUUUUUCAACAUGUCAUUGCUUUGUUUGCGGCUCUGAUCGACACCUGCAUCGAGAGUGUCCAAGGAGAGCAAAGGAAUCUGCACAGGAUGCCUCCAAGGCUGUUUCCCAUGGCAACCAGAUAAGAGGGGGAGCCCAGCGUGGGAACGCGAGGAGAGGACGUGACAGAGGAAGUGAGAGAGACAGCACUUCACAUCAUCUUGCUGCAUCUAUGGCGAUGGUGAUAGACAGCUCCAGUGAGGUCAGCAUGCUGCGCUGGAUCAUCGACAGUGGUGCCAGUCAUCAUCUGCUGCUCUCUGGUGGCCGAAUGUGGAACUGCAGAGCUGUUUCGACUGGAAAAGCAGUCACACUUGCAGAUGGGUCGCAGAGUCAGCUAAUGACUGUUGGAAAUACCUUUGUUCCUUUUUUACAGGCGGAACUGGAAGCCUAUGUUGUGCCAGGAAUGCAAUGUUGUCUGCUGUCUGUUUCUUCUCUUGUUACAGAUGGCUAUAAGGUUAGAUUUGAAAAUGAUGUCUGUUCUAUUUCCAGGGGUGGGAAGCACCUGGUUAGUGUUGAAUGUCAGAACAAGACUCUUUGUUCUGGAAACACCUCAAGCACAUAAGGGUGACACUGAGACAGCACAAGCCCAGUGUGCUAACGUUCCCACUCACGAUAUGUGUCAGCAUUUGUGGCACAGUAGAAUGUCGCACAGCAAUUGGGGGUAUGUCAAGAAGCUGCCAGAAUGCACUGAGGGAUGCAAAAUAAAGGCAUGUGAUAAGUUCCUGGGUUGAAGAGCUUGCAAGAAAGCUAAGGUUAAAACGUGCACUUAUUCCUACCUCUGACAGGGUAACCACAAAACCUUUUGAGCUGGUCCAUGCAGAUUUAUGUGCCCUAUGCCAGUUGCAAGUCUGGGCGGAGCUAGGUUUGCUCUCACUCUGAUUGAUGAUUUCCCCCGAAAUGGUUGGUUGAUCACUCUUAAGGACAAGAGUGAAGCUGCCAACAUGGUAAAAGAGUGGAUCACUGCAGUGGAACUACAAUCCCCCCUGAGGGUGUGUAGUUUUCAAUCAGAUCGCGGUGGGGAAUUCACUGGGUGUGCUUUGCAGGGUUUCUUUCGCCAGAAAUGGAUACGCCACAGGUUGACAGUCGCAAAUUCUCCACAGGAGAAUGGAGUUGCAGAACGUCGGAACAGAACACUGCAGGAAGUGGCAGAAGCCAUGCUGUUUGACGCAGGGUUGCCACAGCGCUUUUGGGGGGAAGCGUGGAAAGCUGCAAGCUUCACGCUGAACCGCUCAUACAGUUCUGUUGUAGGGAACAUGCCCUAUUUCCUGCUGCACAGUAAGAAGCCCAAGGUGCAUUUUUUUCCAUUUGUUUGGGUGCAAGGCUUGGGUUCUUGUGCCAAAGGCCCAACGCAGGAAGGGUGGCCCAAGGUCUUGGAAAAUGAUCUUUUGUGGGUAUGAGCCUGGGACAAAGGGGUGGAGGUUUGCCUAUCCAGAAGGCGAUCAGUCCAGGAUUCUAGUCAGCAGGAGUGCUGAGUUCUGUGAGCAGAGUGGGUGGACACGCAUCCAUGGGAAUCCUGACAUUCUCUCAGAGAGUCUGUUUGACUCUGCUGAGGAGGGAGAGGUAGAUACUGAACCUGCUGCUGAGGAUCUGGUCCCUGACCAGGAGCAGGAACAGGGAAGGGCAUCUCCACAGGCUAUUAAAAAAGAACCUCGGAGUGCACCUUCAUCUCCCACCAGUCCAGUGCAGAAGUUCAGAAGACGCGGUAAGUCUGAGGUGGAGUCUUCUGAUGACAAGGACGUACUACACUAGCUGGCCCCAGUGGGUCAGAGGAGGCACCUGAAGUAGUGCUAAGGCGUUCCACACACACGACUAAAGGUAAGUCACCCGAGAGGUUUGAGGUCAUUAGUGUGUGGGUUGGUUUGGUGCAGUGCGAACCAGAGAGUUUUGAGGAAGUUCAACAGUUGCCUGAAGCAGAAGCCAGGAAAUGGCAAGAGGCAAUGGGAAAGGAUUUGAACUCAAUGAGGUCUUUAGGUGUGUUCUCCACCAUGAAGCUGCCAGCAGGCAAGCAGGCCGUGAACUGUCGCUGGGUUUACAGGAUUAAGCCCACAGCGACUGGAGAACCACAGUACAAGGCUAGGCUAGUGGCCAGAGGGUUCACGCAGCAGAAGGGGCUGCAUUACACUGAAGUGUAUGCUCCUACUUCCCGGAGUGAAACUGUGCAUGCUUUUAACAGUAGCUGCACAAAGAGGUCAUUAUGUGGAUCACUUUGAUGUGGAUGUUGCUUAUUUGAACUCAGACCUGAAGGAGGAUCUGUACAUGCUACCUCCUCCAGGGUUUGAGGCCAAUGAGCCAGAUGUAGUGUGGAAGUUACAUAAGUACAUUUAUGGCUUGAAACAAUUGGCCAGUAAUUGGAACAUGUGUCUGAAUGAUGCUCUGCAGAGCAUGGGUUGCCAGAGAAGUCUGGCAGACAGCUGCCUGUACCUGAAAGGGUCAGGAGAGACACAGGAGCUGGUCUUGGUGUUUCUGGAUGACAUCCUCCAUGUGGCACAGACAGGGAAACAGGUGCAAGGUUUAAGCUCAAAAACCUUGAUCCAGUGAAGGUUUACCUAGGUGUCCAGAUAGAUAGGUCUGAGUGUUGAAUUGUUUCUUUAAAUGUAAAGGUUCAUCAUUGUUCCACCCGAUGUGUAUGUCUUUAAGGGGCCAGAGCAAGGGCCAGAGCAAGAUAACGAGACCCAGCUUUACAGCUGUGAAACAUAGCAGGUGCUGCUGAGUUGUAUUGAUUAAGCUGUGUUGGCAAUUGGGUGUAGUAUAUAAGGAGCAGCACCUAGCUCUCCCAUUACCCUGGGGGAUGGGUUGGUGGUUGGGUCAUGUUUGUUUGUUAAUGUAUUUAGUGUAUAAGGAGUUUUUGUUUUUCUUAUUAAAACCUUGUUUAAGUUAUUUUUUUGUCCCUUUUUAAUGCAUGGUCUCCCCAGCAAGCUCUCUGCAGCGCUACCAUACCAACAUCUUUGGUUAUGGGCCCAGCUGCUGAGUGGAUGACUGCAUAUUUUUGGACUCUGAGAAAGGUUUGAAAACUCCUUCUCCUGUUGGCGUAGUUCUGUGGGUCUGGAAGAGUUCCAGAAUGGUUGACCGGGUUCCAGAAGCUUAGAAGGCUCUAGUCUUCACACAGCUAACAGAUGAGAACUAUAGUUUAUGGUCUUUUCGGGUGGAGGUGCUUUUGACCUCUUGAGAAGUAUGGACCUAUGUAACCGAUGACCCUCCUAACCCUGUAACUAAUGCUUGGUCGAAAGGAGAUGCAAAAGCCAGGGUGAUAAUUAAUUUGGCAGUCAGCGACCAGCAAGUAGUCUAUAUAAGAAAUAAGAAAACUGCCAAAGAAAUGUGGGACAGUCUUGCAGCAGUGCAUGUUGGAAAAGAGUCAGCUUCUGCAUUGACGUUUUUCAAGCAGUUGUACCAGACGAAGUUGCAGCCUGGUGGUGAUUUGGCAGCACACUUGAGAUGCCUGGAGGCAAUACGCUGCGAAUUAAUUCGAAGGGACAUGGAGAUACCUGAUAUUCAGUAUGUUUUUAUCAUUCUUCCCUUAAUGAGGACUUUGAUGGUAUAGCUAGCCAGAUAUCUGCCGUUCCACCAGCACAAUUAACUGUGGAAGGGGUAACGGCAAGAUUAAUGGGCGAGUUGGAUAGAAGGGAGGCUUGUGCCAUAAGCACUCCUAUUUCCAGAAAGAAUGAGGAACGCCAUAUGCAAGCGUGUGGUGAUCCGACUGCAUUUAAAGCUGCCAAGCGUUGUUGGUUCUGCAAUAAGCAAGGACAUUUUGCAAAGGACUGCAGAGCCAAAAGAAAGCAAAGAACUCCCAAGACUGUUUCUGUUCGUCAGUCACGAUCGUCAGCUCAGCAGCCGACAUCGUACCGUAAAGACAGAAACGAGCAGCGAGCUUUUCACGCUCGCACAACAGAUCGUAAAAGAAUUAAAGGUGCCAAGUGGAAUUAUUUUAUUGUGGACUCAGGAGCAUCCCAGCACAUUUGCAACGAUCGAAGCUUGUUUAUUUCUUUCGAAGAGGAAAUUGGUAAUGUACAUUUAGCCAAUUUGCAAGUCUUGCAGUCGCUUGGCAGGGGUACUGUUAAACUUGACUCUUUAAACAUUACUAUAGCGAACUGCAUUUACUGCCCGUCAGUGGACAAUUUAUUGUCAGUAAGGUGUUUUGCUCGUCAAGGCAUAACUGUGCGUUUCUUAAAUUCAAUGUGUGAGUUUUUUGAUGGGAACAAACGUGUAUUGUAUGCCCGGGACUCUGAUGGUUUAUAUAGACUGUAUUUUCGCACCUACUCCCAAUCUCCUAUAAAUUGCAGAGCAGCACAGUCAAGCCAGGGGUUGAGGAAUGUAAGGCCAAAUUCCGGGUGUGUCCAUGAGGCACACAGAUUUCUAGGGCAUCUGAAUUUUGCUGAUGUAAUUAAGACAAAGAAUAUUGUUAAUGGCCUCAACUUAAAACCAUGUAAAUUCUUUAUGCAAUGUCUAUCCUGUUGCAAGAAUAAGAUUAAGGUUGCACGCAAGGGUAGGUGCUCAGAUAGGAAAGUAACUGAGCCAUUUGAGCGUGUACAUUGUGAUUUAGUUGGGCCACUCCCACCAUCAUUAGGAGGUUCUAAGUACUGGCUUACCCUGAUAGACCAGUAUAGUAGAUAUUGUUGGACUUAUGCAAUAGCUGAGAAGUCCCAAGCAUUUGAGAGGUACAAAGCUUUUUGCAACUGGGUAAAAACGCACUUUAACAAACCUAUUAAGAACCUGUUUUCUGACCGGGGUGGGGAAUUUGUUUCUGAGGAUUUUGAGAAUUUCCUGGAAGCGCAGGGGACUACUCAUGAGUUAUCAUGCCCCCGAAGUCCCUGGCAAAAUGGGCUUGUUGAAGUUGUGCAGCGUAACCUGCAGGCAGGGGUUAAAACUUAUCUGCACGAUGCUAAUCUGCCCAAAGUCUUUUGGGCUGAAGCGCUCAAUGCGUUUUGUUAUGUUAGAAAUCGCAGUUAUCAUUCUGGUUUAGAUGUCACCCCCUAUGAGAAGUUGUUUAAAAAACGCCCUAAUCUGAAAUACCUACGUAUUUGGGGUUCGGAUGUAAUUAUGCAUUAUCCCGCUAAGCAGAAAUUGGGUGAGUUCAGGGAAAAUUAAUGGGCUACCAGCAGGGGGCGUACAGAAUUUACGUCCCAGCAACUGGCAAAUUUCAUAUUACCAGAAGCAUGAUACAAACUGUAAAUUGGAAUGGGGUUGCUGUUUUCCAAGAUGCUAACGGUAUAGAUGAUACUGAGGAAAAGAAAGCAGCAGCAGCAGGAAAUGGUGCUUCUGAAUUAAUGGAAAAAGACAAAAAGCCUGUUGAAUCUGAUAAUUUGCUUGAUGAUUUAAAGUCACAGGCACCCGAGGGGAGGUUAGAUUCUCUUGAGUUUUCUGACCGUGAGCUUAGCCUACAGGCAUCUCUUCAGUCUGACAGUGAUGAUUUACAACCUGAAACUAGUAGUUCACUUAGUCCCAUUAAGUCUGAGGAGUCUGACUCUCCUUCCGGACUGAGACGUUCAGAUAGAAAGAGACAGAAGCCACAACGUUUUGCAGAUGAACAUUUUAAUACUGUGUAUGCCAAUAAGGCGGUUUUUGAGCCAAAAAGCUACAGUGACGUUCAGAAUUUACCUAGGCACCAAGCUGUAAAUUGGUAUAAAGCUAUGAACUCUGAAAUAGCUUCUUUAAAAGAGCAUAACACUUGGUCUCUUGUACCGCAAACCCCAGAUAUGAGACUUAUUGAUUCAAAAUGGGUUUAUAGAGUUAAAAUGAAUGACAAAAAUGAAGUUGUAAGGUACAAGGCAAGAUUAGUUGCUAGGGGUUUUCAACAAAUUCCAGGCAAAGAUUAUGAUUUGUGUUAUUCACCAAGUGUAAAAUAUGAAACAGUUAAGCUUUUGUUAAAAGAUGCAUCACAACGUGGACAUUGUUUAUCACCUAGAUAUAAAAACUGCAUAUUUGUUUGCAGAUUUAAAAGAACAAAUUUUUAUGCGUGUCCCUGAAGGCAUAGAUGCCGCUGAAGGUUUGGUAUGCAAAUUAAAUAAAUCCCUAUAUGGUCUGCACCAAAGUGGAAGGAAUUGGCACCAAACUUUAGCAAAAGAAUUGCUGGAUAUUGGUUUUUCACAAGGAAAGGCAGGCAAUUGUGUGUUUAUAAAGGAAAGGGCAAACUCUGUAACAAAAAUAUGUGUGUAUGUAGAUGACGUGUUAAUUUCUACAAAAACUAAACAGGAAUAUGAACAGGUAGUAGCAGUUACAGAAGAAAUUUGAUGUGGAAUGGUAUCUGCAAGUAUUUGCAGACCUACAGAUGCAAGUAACACUACCAGUAAAAGUUUACCUUGAUUCCCAGAGUGGACUCGCUAUCCUGUGUUCAGAAACCAAUACUAGAGUCUUAAGAUUACGUUUGCAGUUUGUAAGGAAACUAAUUGCUGAUGAAAUGAUUGUAUUUCAAUAUGUUCCAGGUGACAAUCAAAUUGCAGACAUUUUUACUAAAGCUCUUCCAAAGGUUACACAUGAAAGACAUGUACAAAAUAUGCUUUGUUUUUGUUCCACAAUGAUGAACCGCAGGGGAAAUGUUGAAUUGUUUCUUUAAAUGUAAAGGUUCAUCAUUGUUCCACUGGAUGUGUAUGUCUUUAAAAGGCCAGAGCAACGGCCAGAGCAAGAUAACGAGACCCAGCUUUACAGCUGUGAAACAUAGCAGGUGCUGCUGAGUUGUAUUGAUUAAGCUGUGUUGGCAAUUGGGUGUAGUAUAUAAGGUGCAGCACCUAGCUCUCCCAUUACCCUGGGAGAUGGGUUGGUGGUUGGGUCAUGUUUGUUUGUUGAUGUAUUUAGUGUAUAAGGAGUUUUUGUUUUUCUUAUUAAAACCUUGUUUAAGUUAUUUUUGAGUCCCUUUUUAAUGCAUGGCCUCCCCAGCAAGCUCUCUGCAGCGCUACCAUACUGCAAAUAGCCAACACUGAGGAUGGAAGCUUUUUGUUCAGUCAGAAAGGCAAGAUUGAGAAGUUGCUUGAGAAGUUCAGGAUGUCUGAAUGUGCAGGGGUCAGAACACCCACGGAGACAAGCUACGUGAAAGACGCUUGGGGAAUGUGCUGAGUUUGAAAACGCUGAGAUCUUUCAGUCAGCUCUGGGUAGUUUGCUUUAUCUCUCCCAGUGGAGCAGACCAGACAUAGCAUUUGCUACCAAUCUGCUCAGCAGGGAGGCUACAAAGCCAAGUGAGUGUGCCUGGAAUGGUAUCAAGAGGGUGCUGCGUUACCUGCAAAAUACCAAAGAUUUCUGUCUCAAACUGUCAGCUGAGGGUGAAGCACAGCUCACGUGCUGGACUGACAGCGAUUGGGCAAAUCUUGGAGACAGGAAAUCGGUGUCUGGGAUGGUAGUGAAGUUUGGGGAAUCUCUAGGUGGGUGGAAGUCCUAAAAGCAAAGUCUUAUUGCACUUUGUUCGGUAGAUUUAUUGCUUUAUUGUUCGGCGCCCAGCCACGCUUCCCCUGGGAGCCUCUGUAGCUUCUGUUUACGCAGUGUGGCUUUCGAGCAGUCGUAAAGCAGUUAGCAGAAUUACACAGCGGUGCGUGUCGAAAGAGCAGUAAACAAGUCCCACACGUUUCUUCUGUCCUAAUAUCCCUUUAUUUGCUCAAAAGUAGCAUAUUUACAAUCAAUAACAGCCAUCAGAAUCAAGUUGCAUCUUCUCCCUCUGUUUGCAGCUACGCAACAAAAACUGCUUUCGCUUUUCACUCAGCUCACAGCAUUCCAAGCUGCUUUUGUCACGUCCUGGCUUACUUCCCUUGUAAGUGCCUCCUCUCAGCCUCGAGACACAGAAGGUUAACCCUUCACUACACCCAACACCCCCUCUUGUCUCGCGCCUGAGGGGAGAAUCGACCCUUGGUCGUCCCAAACCCAGACCUUCACAAAACUCGUGUCUUUGGAAGGUGAGUGGCUUCGUGAACCCAUCAGCUAGGUUCUUGGCAGAGGGACAAUAUUUCAGCGCAACUAAUCCCUCCUGAACACUCUGGCACACAUUCCGAAAGCGAAUGUCUAGGUGUUUAGUUCUGGCCUUGAACUGACCUGACUCUGCCAAAACGCAGGCAUGGUUGAUUGUCCUUGAAAACACGUAUCGGCAGACAAUCCACUUCGCAGAGUUCCUGCAGUAAGCAAGCAUAGAACUCUAUUUCUCUGCACAUCUCUGAAAGAGCACUAAACUCAGCCUCAGUGGAUGAGAGCGCUAUAAGACUUUGCUUCUUGGACCUCCAUCCAACUACUGAGUUCCCAAACUUCACCACUAGGCCAGACAUAGACUUGCGAUCCUCAAGAUUAGCCCAAUCCGAGUCCACAAAACAAGUCAGUUUGACUUCUCCUUGUGCUGGCAACCUAAGACAAAAGUCUUUGGUCUCCUGCAAAUACCUCAGAACUCUCUUGAUGCCAUUCCAGGCUUGCACACUAGGGUUUGAAGCUUCCCUGCUGAGCAGAUUGACGGCAAACGCUAUAUCAGGUCUGCUCCACUGGGACAAGUACAACAAACUCCCUAGGGCUGACUAAAACACUUCAGUAUUUUCGAACGCAGCACGUUCUACUUGCUGGCUGUCCUUCACAAAACUAGUCUCCAUAGGACUUCUCACUCCUGCACAAUCACUCAUCCUCAUUUUCUGAAGCAAUUGCUCAGUUUUACCUCUCUGGCUGAGCAAAAAGCUUCCAUCCUGUGCACGCUCAACACUGACACCUAGAUAGGUUUUGACAGCACCAAGCUGUUUAAGCUUGAAUCGUUUACCUAGCUCUUUGGCAAACUUCUCCGCCUGUUCGUCUGUGUCUGAGAAAAACAAGUCAUCAACCCAAAUCUGCAAAUACUCUUGUGUUGCCCCUGAUCCUCUCAAAUAAAAGCAACUAUCAGCAACACUUCUCCUUAAACCUAGCUCUUCUAAGGCUUCAUUCAGGCACAUGUUCCAGUUUCUAGCAGAUUGACGUAAUCCAUAGAUGGAUUUGUGCAAUCUCCACACAACAUCCUGCCUUGAGUUCUCAAACCCCGGAGGAGGAAUCAUGUACAGCUCCUCCUGGAGAUCUGAGUUAAGGUAGGCAACAUCCACAUCAAAGUGGUUUACUUUCCAGCCUCUCUGUGCUGCACAAGCUAAAAGCGUUCUCAGAGUCUCCACUCGUGACGUUGGCGAAUACACCUCCGUGAAGUGUAUUCCCUUCCUCUGCGUAAAUCCUCGAGCAACUAACCUGGCUUUAUACUGCGGCUCUCCAGCAUCCGUGGGUUUCAAGCGGUAAACCCACCUGGAACUCACAGCCUGCUUGCCCGGUGGCAACUCUGUGAGUGAGAACACACCUAGAUCUUUCAUGGACUUCAUCUCUUUGUCCAUUGCCCUGUGCCACUUGUCUGCUUCUUCCUCAGGUAAACUCUGAAUAUCCUCGAAGGAUUCAGGUUCACAUCUGGCUGAACCUACCCAGACGCCUGAAGCGUCGUACUGAUCAGGAGGCCUCCUUGUCCUCGCUGAUCUCCUCAGUGUGAAUCCUGGUGACCCUACUGCUUCACUGGGUGCAGCUAAAUCAUCCUCAACUUCAGUGUCUUCCCCCUCUGACCUGCUGUGCCACUUGGGCCUUACAGCUGGUCCAGCAGGUGAAGAAGGCUCACUCUUUGGCUCAAACUUGACACUUGCCUGAGGAGGUGUUCUAGGUUCCCCCCUCUGAGGGAUCCUGAGCUGUCCCUGCCUUGGACUCUGUCCCUGUGGUGGACCCUGUUGCUCUGGACCGUUGUCCCCAGCAACAAGUUUCUCUUCCUCCUCAACGUCUGAGUCAUAGAACUGCUGUGGAAUCAUGUCUGGAUUAGCGUGCAGACGUUUCCAACCGGCUUGCUCACAGAACUCAGCGCUAUUGCUGAUAACCAACCUAGACUGGUUUCCACUUGGGUACGCAAACCGCCAGGCCUUUGAGCCAGGCUCAUACCCUUCUUCUGUGGAAAAAGGCACAUUUACAGCAAACAAAUUAUCUUUAGACUGCACUGUGUACACGUGUUUCCCAUCCUUGGAGAAUUCACAUUUGUCACCUGCAAAAGAGACAUGAAAACCAUCAAUGACUAGAUCAUGCACACUUAACAAACAGUUAGUUAAACCGGGCACUGCAUAAGCUUUGACUUCAUGCUUAAGAAAGGGACAGAAGAAAAAGCCUGUCUCUGUUAGUCUUUUUCUGCUUCCAUCCGCGAUCAUCACAAAUUUCUCAGUUUUUACUGUCCUGCAAUUUCUCAAAAGACCAGGAGAUGGCACCAACGAGUUUGUGGCACCACUGUCGAUUAUUACAGUGAGAAAGUCGUGUUGUUGACAUUCCUGGGUCGCCAGGGCAACAAUCUCCUCGCUACCCCCCUCCUUGGGGCUUCUGCAGAUGUUCUCUCUGGUUGUCACGGCAACAGACUCCCCCCGGCAGUUUUUGGAGAAAAAGGCGUCUCUGAGCUUUCACUGCUCACUGCCCCCCCACUGCUCACGGGGCCUCCAGGACGUUUUCCUGCACCCCCUCUGAUGGGUAAAGGGCUCCCAACACUUGGUCUCUCUCCAGGUUCCUCACACAGACACGUUGCAGUAUCCAUACAGCUCCCAGGCUCAGCAAAAGCACCAGCAGCAUUGCCAGCAACAGCAACAGCAACAGUCGCUUCGCCCCCCUGUGGGGGCUCCCAGCUCCUCCCAGCUGUGUAUCGGCUCUCAAGAAUGUGGCCGGCGCCAUCUUGCCUCUCCCUUUCGGAUGUAGCCACUUCUCGGCCCUUGCUUCCCACCCCAGCUCCACAAGCUUCUCGGAGUGCUAGCCAAGCGGCCCCCUGGCCUUCUUGCACCCAGGACAACUGGCACCAGUUGAGCAUCCACAUUUUCUGCCAAAAAAGCAAGCACACGCUUCUCAACUUCACUUUGCUCUGCAGCCCUCUUAGCCUCUGCUUUCCCAGCUGCAUUCUGUGGGGGCUGGACUACGUCCCAAAGCUGCUCUCCCACCAGCAAAAGCUCCACUUGAAAGCUCCACUGCAACCAACUUUGGCUAGUCAGUUUCUGACACGGCAGUUUAAACUCAAAGCCAUAUCCAUGGGGCUGAGCCAUUGCCUCCCUUCCCUUCUGUUGGCCUUUGCAAGAGCAGCCGAUAAUAGUCACUCUGCAGCCAAACCGGGCACUCCGGACGACGUGGCUCCCAGCUCCCACUCCGUCAGCCUCCUCCGAUCUGCCCUUUACUCUCUUUGAAGCCUUGGCAGUCGAUCAAGCUGACGUUCAGUCCAUUUUACAGUCUUCCAAGCCCUUUCUCACACGUUUCACGUUGACCCAUAACCUUUGUUCGGUAGAUUAAUUGCUUUAUUGUUCGGUGCCCAGCCACGCUUCCCCUGGGAGCCUCUGUAGCUUCUGUUGACGCAGUGUGGCUUUCGAGCGGUCGUAAAGCAAUUAGCAGAAUUACACAGCGGUGCGUGUCGAAAGAGCAGUAAACAAGUCCCACACGUUUCUUCUGUCCUAAUAUCCCUUUAUUUGCUCAAAAGUAGCAUAUUUACAAUCCAUAACGGCCAUCUGAUUCAAGUUGCAUCUUCUCCCUCUGUUUGCAGCUACGCAACAAAAACUGCUUUCACUUUUCACUCAGCUCACAGCAUUCCAAGCUGCUUUCGUCACGUCCUGGCUUACUUCCCUUGUAAGCGCCUCCUCUCAGCCUCGAGACACAGAAGGUUAACCCUUCACUACACCCAACACACUUUCCUCUACUGAAGCUGAGUUCAGUGUGCCGUCAGAACUCUGUAGGGAACUAAAAUUUUACCGGUGUUUGGUCUAAGAGAUCUGUGGGGAUUGUUGCCUGCCCAUCACUGUUUGGGAGAACAAUCAAUGCUGUUUGAAGUUGGCAGAGUCUGGACAGUUUAAGUCCAGAACCAAACAUUUGGACAUACGUUUCCAGAAUGUGUGUCAGAGUGUCCAGACAGGCUUGGUGAAGCUGAAGUACUGUCCAAGUCAGGAGAAUCUGGCAGAUGGGUUUACUAAACCUUUGAGCUUCCAGCGUCAUGGGGAGUUCUGUGAAUGGUUGUGUUUGGGGUAAGUGGUUGUACUUACAGUUCCCCCAGUGUACAGAAUGAGGGAGUGUGAGGAGAAUCAGAGCUUACAGGGUUAAUAGUUCUAUGUGUCGUCCUGCCCACUGGGAGGUGUGUUUUGUUCACAUACGGGGAAUGUUCUUUGUGUGUGAAGUUACUUUCGGUUUACAUCUGAUGAGAGGGCAUUCCACAGGGCGGCCCCAACUACAGAGAAGGCCCUUUGCCUGGUUCCCUGUAACUUUGCUUCUCGCAGUGAGGGAACCACCAGAAGACCCUCAGAGGAGGACCUCAGUGUCCAGGCUGAAUGAUGAGGGAGGAGACGCUCCUUCAGGUAUAUUGGACCAAGGCCAUUUAGGGCUUUAAAGUCAACACCAAUACUUUGAAUUGUACUGGGAAACACACUGGGAGCCAGUGAAGAUCCUUUAGGAUUGGUGUUAUACGGUCCCGGCAGCUACUCCCAAUCACCAGUUUAGCUGCUGCAUUCUGGAUUAGUUGUAGUUUCUGAGUCACCUUCAAAGGUAGCCCCAUGUAGAGCGCAUUGCAGUAGUCCAAGCGGGAGAUAACCAGGGCACACACUACUUUGAUGAGACAGUCUGAAGGUAGGUAGGGUCUCACCCGGCGUAUCAGGUGGAGGUGUGGAUCACCCUUGUUGAUUCUAGGUAGCCUUAGGCAAGUCACUCUGCCUUGGCUCCCUAGCAACGUGGAGACAAUAAAACUGAUUUCUAACCUGUUUUAGGAUUCCUGAUAUAAUUUGCAUGUGAAACACCAGCAUUGUGCUUAUACAAUAAUGUUAUUAAUGCAAUUGCCUUCCCUCAUUGCUGCAGGUGGAGCACACGGCAGUCUCGAGUAGCGGCGGCAGUGCCCAAGGGUUUGAGGCAGAGGGCACCAUGGAAGAGGAACUCGAACCUACACUUAAGGAGCAGCCCUGCGAGCCAGACUGUGCUGAGAAGGCCUUGAAGGGCAGUGAUGCCAACCCAGGCAAAGUUAGGGAGGGUGGACUCACAAGGCCAGAGAGCAGUGGCAGCCCGGACGGUGCACGGCUGUCUGCUAAGGAGGCGGCAGAGGUCUCCCCUGCUUUCCCAAAGGCUCUGGAGAGCGAGCAUCCAGGGAAGGAGAAGAGCACCGCAGCUGCUGGCACAACCCUUACAGCUGCCACAAAGGCUGCCGCCACCAUGGCCACCAACAGCUGCAGCACUUUGACCUCUGCCCCAGCCACCUUCACCUUGAAAAGCAUCUGUUUCUCCACUUCUCAGGCCCUUGCUAUGCAAAAAAUGGCCCUCUCCUUCCCACCCGGAGCAGUCCUCACCCCCAGCCAGCCCCUGGUUUACCUCCCACCUCUUCCGAGCCUGCUCGGGGUCCCUUCUGCCCUUGCCCUGCCUGUCAUGCCCUCCUUCCCACAAGACCCCUGCCUGCCUAGUCUUCUCUCCCCCUCUGAGCUCUGCUCUUACCCGUAUGCCUUCUCCGUGGCUAGGCCUUUGGCCGCAGAUCCCAAAGUGGCCCCUGUGGAGACAAGCCAGCUGAACUGCCCUGCCCCGUCAGGGGAGAGCAGCACCCCUGCGGUCACUGGACCCUCCUCUGCUGUCGAUGGCUCGGACCUCUUGCCUAGCACGCCUGCCGCGGCAGGUGCCAGCACUGUGCCGCUGUCAGUCGCCACCAGUGUGCUUGCCAGGGUCCCGGCAGGCCCAGAACAGCUUCCCUUGGGCAUCCUGGCCUCCAUCUCCCCACUGAAAUCCCCCCCACAGCUGGAGCGUGAGAUGGUCUCCCUGGAAUGCAGCGAGAUGCCCCUUGACCUUUCCGCCAAGUCAAACCACCAGAAGCUGCCUCCUCCGAGCCAGCGAAAGAUGGCCCUGAUGCCUGUGUUGACCCCGGUGCACACCAGUGGCAAAGCACUGCUCAUCACAGUCUUCUCCAAGCCUCAGUGGGUAGCUCAGGCCAUUGGCGGCCCAGGCACCACAUCGCCCUUAGUCAUCUUCCCGGAGUUCCUCCGCAAUGGGGAGCAGGGCUCCUGGGUGAAGAACUCGACCACCCUCAUCAGCACCAUCACAGGCACCUACGUUGGGGUGGCCAACCCAGUCCCAGCUUCCGUGCUGCUGGGGAAGGAUUCUGGCACCGGCCUUGGCAGGGACUCCCGCCAUCUCGCCAAGCAGGAGCUCAUUUCCAUUGUUGACCAGGGAGAGCCUCGCAGUGGUGGGCUGCCUCCCGAGAAGAAGAGUGGUGGAGAGGGGCUGCCUGACCCCGCAAGGCAGCUCCUUCGUGCCUGGGGUGUCCCAGGGGCCCAGUUGCACCCUUCAAAGCAGCUUGCCAUUUGGAGCCCCAGCCAGGGAAGCAUUUACCCUCGGUGCUCAGUCAAGGGGAAGCCUGCCAGCCCCCAGCUGCUGCCCUUGGGGUGGUCGCCUUACCAUCAGGGCCCUCUGCUUUCCAUCGGCAUCUUGGCAGCCGGGCAGCUGUGCCCGAAUCAAGUUGCCCCCUGCAAGCCAGUUGGUGCAGGUGAGCUGGCCACGUUCCCUGGUGUGCAGCUGAUAGAGUCCUCCACAGUGGUCCAGAAAGCCCCCGAAGCUCCCUCUCAGGGCAAGGGUUGUAAGGCAGCCUUGCUGAACACUGCCAGCCCUUUGUGCAUCUCACCAGCUCUUCAGACCAGUCUCCCAGACACAAGGGGUUCCGAGGGUCUCAUUCCAAAAUACGACUCUGACAGACUCGAGGCUGACUCAGCAGCAGAGGCCACCCCGCAGCCCAAAGCUCCCCCAGAGGGCUGUAGCCGCAAGUGCCCUGGGGACGCCAAGCCUAAAAACCAGGUCUUGGCUGCCUACCUAUCUCACGGCCUUUCCUUAGCUAGCCAGCCAAGUGUGCGGACGACCUCUGAGACGCCUCUCCCAGGGAGCAAGAGCAAGGACUGGAAGUGCAGCAACGCACCUCGGGAUCAGCUGGCGGCAGAAGUCCCUCUCCGCAGUGUGCACCAGGUUGAUCUCAGCCGCGUGAAGAAGGAACGAGUGGAGCCAGAGGUGCUGAUCACCUCUGCCGCUUGUCUGCAUGCUGGGGCUGCCUCGAGAAGCCCUCCAAAAGCCAAGCUCAAGGGGGUGGCCCACAUUGAAGUGGAGGAGGGCUUCCCCUGCAAGUCCAAGCGGCAGCAUGACGGGCCAGACCGCCUGACCCACAAGAAGCAGAAGUGCAGGGGCAGUGAGGAAUCUCAGGCUCCCUGCAAAUCGGACAGCCAGAACCUGCACACCCGCAAGGUGAGUGACUUGCCCUGAUGUGAAAACAGGGCUCACACCCAGUGUUUCCUGGAGCAGCAUCUGAGGGGUGGCAUGGGUGAGAUUGGGCUGAUGGUUAGGGAGUCCUCCGGGAGGACUAGUUUCUUGCUGAGGACAAGGAAAAAGAUGAACUAGGAUUGAAAGAUGUUGGAAGUAAGCUCCUGUAGUGCUGAUGGAGUUCCUGCAGAGCUGCUUCCAAUACUACAGGAAGGAGAGAAUCUUGCCUGGACAGCAGACAGAACCAGGAAUUUCGUGUGAUACCACUGUGCAUCUUAAAUUAUUUUGUGACUCUCCCUCAUGAGGAGUCCUUGUUUGUUGCAUGAGAGCACUAUUAGGAUCAGUGUCCAUUGUUUACACGAAUGUCCUGGUUGGUUAUUUUUUAUUCAGUUUCUUAUUUUCGCUGUAUCUUACCUAAAAGACAGAACGGAUCCAGGGAAAAUAAUUACAUGACGAGAUGCCUCUGAGAUUACAUUUUAAAAUGUAGUUUGUCCUCUAUACUUUAAAAAAAUGUAGCCAGGUUGAAUCUCUGUGUUGGAGGUGAAGCUGAUGUGUGAAUCCCAGAUGUGGUCUUGGAAGCGUUUCUGGUUUUGUCUGGUGGUUCCAGCCUUACCAGAAUGCCUUGAGCUUUCCCCUGUGUUAGACUUCACUUGCAUCAGAGGUUGUUUUGUGCAGCUAGAUGGAGCAUGUGACAUCAGAAGAGGCUCAGAGGCACUUGGUUGUGUCAUAUGGCUUAGGGCAGGUCUGUUUUAAUUGCCCCAAGUGCGUUCCCUGUUGCCAGCAGCUGCUUGAUUGAGACACAGCCAUUAAGAAGCCCUGGCUUCUGAUUCCUUUCAGAGUUCAGUUCAAAGUGGCCCGUGCUGAUCAUUUUAAAGCUCCUUCAUGGCUUGGAACCCAGAUUAUCUCUUAGACUGUCUUCCUCCAUACCACUGUGACUGAAGUUCACUUCUGUACCCUUUCUGAGGGUGACCUGCACUUCAAAGGCUAGGUGAGUGGCAAUAAGGGCAGUGAGAGACCUUUUCAGGUAUUCCCCUGUGUGUUUGUGUGUGUGUGUGUGUGUACAUACAUACACACACACACACACACACAUAUAUAUAUAUACACACACACACAUAUAUACACAUACAUACACACACACACACACAUAUAUAUAUAUAUAUAUAUAUAUAUAUAUAUAUAUAUAUAUGUAGUAAAGGUAAAGGUACCCCUGCCCGUACGGGCCAGUCGUGUCCGACUCUAGGGUUGCGCGCUGUAAUGGGUUUAGGGGUUGCUCGUGCGUAAGUUGCCGCCACUCCUGGCUAGGUUACCUGGUUAACCCUUUCUGACUGAACAGCCUCCAGCAUCGUGACUGUCUCAGUCGCUGGCAGAAUCCGUCAGUGGGCGUUUCUUAAACCUUUUCCAGCAUAAAAGUUGUUUGACGCCAAGUCUCCUCCUACUCUCCCUGCGCGGAAGUCUUCUGCGCAGGGAGGGUGUGGGCAGCGGAGUACCCGUACUCUCUCCGCUGGUCUCCAGCGAAGAGUCUUGGAGCCUCCUCCCCGAUUCCCCCACCUGCCCCCCUUCUUCACUGGUGUUACGCUGAUUUCCUUCUCCAGCAGAUGGGCUGCCUCUCUCCCUACUGGGACCCUCUCCUGCAUCCUUUUGGAGCCUUCCCUCCGCCUCUAGCUCCAAUGGCAGUUCCCUGACAUCCACCUCCCCCCCAGGACCCCCUCCGCCCCCGGCCCGACCUUCAGAUCCAACCUCGUCCCUUUCCUCGGCCGACGAUGCGGGGAAGCCCCUGAAGGAGCUGUCGCUCUCCUCUGAGGAUUCAAAACCCGCUUCCCACCCGCUCCGAUAUCUUGCCGCGGGGUGGGCCUCCCAGUCUGAUUCUUCUCCCUCUGACAUUUCCCCUCCUUCCUCUUCGGAGGCAGGAAAACCCACAAAUUCCUCCUCGUCGUCUGUGGUUCCAAAUUCUUCCUCCCAGAAUCUCGCUAGUGGUUUUGGUUUGUCUGGGAACAGGCUGUGGAAUUCUUCCACUAGAUACCCAUCAUUGACCGCCUCAGCGGGGACCCAAGUGUUUUCUGACUCGGGUUCUCCUUCCCAAGCCACUAAGUACUCCACCUGGCGCCCUCGCCACCUAGAAUCGAGUAUUUCCGUGGCUUGGUGGUGGAGUUCCCUCUCCUCUACCCGCGGGUGGGCGGUGACUCCUCCCUCCCGCCCCGGGAAUUCCCGCCCCUCCCUGUACGGUGAGAGUAGGGACCUAUGGAACACCGGAUGUAUCUUCAUGCUGUCAGGCAACUUGAGCUUGAAUGCCACAGGGUUCACCUGCUGUGUUACCUCAAAGGGUCCCAGCCGCCUUGGCUGCAACUUCUUGCACCCUCCCUUUAGGGGCAACCCUUGGGUUGACAACCACACUCGGUCUCCCACCCGUAUGGCAUCCCCCUCCCGACAGUGCUUGUCUGCUUGCCUCUUAUAAACUUCCUUGGCCCACUCCAAGUUCAUCUUGAGUUGCUGGUGCAAUGCCUCCAUUUCUUCCACAAACUGCUCGGCCGCAGGUACACUUCACCCUUUCUCCCCCCUCCCCAGGAAGGCCCUGGGGUGACACCCAUAAUUGGCCAUGAACGGGCUCAUGCCCGUGGACACAUGUUCAGCGUUAUUGUACACAAAUUCAGCCAGCGCUAGUUUCUCUACCCAAUCGUUCUGUCUCUCGCUGACGUAGCAGCGUAGGUAUUGCUGGAGUAUACUGUUCGCUCUUUCUGCUUGCCCGUUGGUUUUCGGGUGUCGCGCCGUCGAGAAGCCCACUUCGACCUGUAGCAAGCUCAUGAGCUUCCUCCAGAAUCGUGAAGUAAAUUGUUUUCCGCGAUCUGAGACGACCCUCGAGGGCGUCCCAUGCAACCUGAAGAUGUGAUGCACAAACAACUUGGCUGUCUCCUCUGCCGUCACGGCAUGUGAGCAAGCUAUGAAAUGGCACAUUUUCAUCAGUAGAUCGACUACUACCAUGACUGCUGUCUUUCCCCUGGACUUGGGCAAAUCUGUCAUAAAAUCAAUGGACACCACCUCCCAGGGUCUUCCCGGCGUGGGUAAGGGUUCCAGUAGCCCUGCGGGGGGCAGCCCUCUCCCCCUUUGCCCUUUGGCAGCGGUCGCACCCCCGUACAUAUUCCCGUACAUCCUCCCUCACCCUUGGCCACCAGAACUGCCUGGUGACGAGCAUCAUGGUUUUGUGCUGUCCAAAGUGCCCAGCUGUGGGGUUGUCGUGGAGUUGUUUGAGUACCUUCCCCCUCAGGGUCUCCCCCGGUACAUACAGCGCCCCCUUAUAGUACAGCACCCCUUCUUUUUCCUCAAAACCCCCAUGGUUUUCUCUUCCGUCUCGGAGUUCCCUGAUUUUACUUUGGGCGAACAUGUCGUUUCUAGUAAGCCCGGCCAGUUCUCGUUUCCCAACCAAGGCUCCCCCAUCGGUCCUCAGGGAUCACGUGUCGUAUCUCCGGCGGUCCCUCCCCUUCCAUGUACUCUGGCUUCCGGGAGAGAGCAUCUGCUCUUACGUUUUCCUCUCCCGACACAUAUCAGAUCUCAAAGGAAAACUUGGAGAACUCCUGUGCCCAUCUAAUCUGUCUCUGGUUGAGUACUCGCGUGGUCCUCCAGUAUUCCAAGUUCUUGUGAUCAGUACAAACCUGGAUCUUGUGCUGCGCCCCUAUUAACAGAUGUCUCCGUCGGCGAAACGCCACAUAGAUCGCAAGCAGUUCGCGGUCAUACAACGUAUAGUUUUGCUCCGACUUGCUCAGCUUCCUCGAGAAAAAGGCACACGGCUUCCAUUCCUGCUUGCUCCUCCCUGGCUGCAAAAGUACCGCCCCAAUGGCUCUGUCGGACGCGUCGGUCUCUAGCCUCAUGGGUUUCUCCAGAUCAACGAGUAGGAGCUGCUCUUCCGAAGCGAACGCCUUCUUCAGUCUUUCAAAGGAUUGCUGGGCACUUUCUGUCCAGGCGAACUUCCUUUUGCUACUGAGACAAUCUGUGAUGGGCGCCGUUAAGUGGGCGAAGUUUUUCCCCUGCCUCACCCGUGUUAAAAUGUCGUCAAUCCUGGGCAUUGGGAAGGUCACGGGUUCAGAUACCAAGUUUAGGGCCCGGUAGUCCACGACCAGCCUGGGCUGGUUAGUCCCUCUUUUGUCCACAAAGAACACCGGACUGCCCCCCACCGCCUUUGAUUCUCUUAUGAACCCCCUCUUCAGGUUCUUGUCAAUAAACUGCCGUAACUCCUGCAUCUCCCUGUCCAACAUGGCAUACAGCUUACCCACCGGCAGCUGAGCCCCUGGGAUUAAGUUGAUUUGGCAGUCAAAGGGCCUAUGGGGGGGUAGUCUGUCCGCCUCCUUCUCGCUGAAGACUUCCUUUAGGUCAGCGUAUGGUGGUGGCACCUCUCCUUUGUUUCCACCGCCAGCCCAGCCACCCUGGCCACUGUCCUUCUUGGGGUUCCCCCCCCCCAGACAGUGUUCCAAACAGUAAGCUGACCCAAAGGUGACUGACCGCUGAUGCCAUGACACUACUGGAUCAUGCAGUGCCAGCCAGCUCAUUCCCAGUAUUAUUGGGGGUCCUGCCAGUUUGGCCACAUGAAAGGCAAUGGUCUCCGUGUGCCUGGAAACCCUCAUUCGCAUUGGCGGGGUCUGGUGUGUCACUUCCCUCCCAGAAGUUCCCUGCCAUCGAUGGUGGUCACUUGCAAGGGAAAAUCCAGGGGUAGCAAGUCUAUUUGGUGCUCCAAAGCGAAGUCCCUGCUAAAGAAAUUGCAGGAGCUGCCCAAAUCCAGCAGCCCCUCAACCUUGACUGGGUGCCCAUUCGGGAGUUCUACCACUGCUAUGGAUAUCGCUGCCCUGGGGGGGUCAGGCUGGGGCACUUCUAUUGGUUGCUGGCCUGGCUGCUGGCCCCUUUGGUUGGCAGCCAGGCACUGUCGUUUCCCUGCGCCUGCCCUUCGUCCCCCUUCUCCUCACAGCCAGCAGCCCCCACCAUCCCUUGCCAGGCCUUUCUUUGAGGGCGGACCCUUGCAAAAUGUCCCGGCCGUUGGCAGAGGAAACACUUCUUGGUGGUUUUCCACUCCUUCCCCUCCCUCUUGCGACCUUCACUGGAGUUUGAAACCUCGCGCGUGUUAGGAUAUUUCCGUUCCACCUUAAAAGGGAGCAGGCUUUGUGAGUCAGAGUCUGCAUAUUUCCUGUUCACAGGAUGUUUAUGUUUUCUGUUGCUUUCGUUCUCUCUGUGUCGCAGACACUAAAGCAGUCAGUCAUGUUUUUCUGUGUUCUGAUCAACGCUGAAUAAACUUGUAAAUAAUGCUCUCCUGAGUGCAACUUUUGGCUGUGCUAAUUGCUGAUAGAGUGUGCAUGAGCUCUGGAAUGUCUACAAGAUAUUUUCUAGAAACUCAUGUCGCUGCGUGCCUACGGGAGGUCGAUGGAUCGUCCGGCAGACGGCUUGGGGGCCAUGAUGGACUUUAUCUCCCUGGCAGUAUCCCAACAACAGGUUAUGGGCCCAGAUUCACAGCACUUACAGGAGAGUAAGACUGUGACAGACUGCUGAAAGGUAUGUGGAAGAAAAGCGAAAGUGAGGCUUUUCUGUUUACCGCGGCAAGGGCCUUUGAACUCCGGCAGAUUAAUGGAUCUGGGAGCUGCGCCAGAGCAUUCGUGAGUAAUGGGCUGCUGAGAUAAGGGGUCUUUGAAGUGAAUAAGACUCACGGCUCAAGUAAAAGGCUGAGAUGGAUCUUUUACAAUCCUCAGAAGCUGCUCCGUCUCCACCAAAGCUAAAUGGCCACAACUAUCAGACCUGGGCAAGGUACUGUGAGGGCCAGAUGAGAAAGCUUGGAGUGUGUAUGAAAUUGGGCAAAUCUCCAGGGCCAGAUGGACUAACUGCAAAGUACUACAAAACUCUGAAAGAAUGGUUAUUGCAACCGUUGAAAGAACUUUGCAAUGAAAUACUACGGGGAGGAAAAGCACCCGAGUCGUGGAAAGAAGCAUACAUUACACUUAUACCAAAAACUGAAGUGGAGAAGACACAGUUGAAGAACUACCGUCCCAUAUCCCUACUAAAUGUGGAUUACAAAAUUUUUACGGAAAUUAUGGCUAAAAGAUUAAAAAAUGUAUUGGUAAAAGAGAUCCAUAAAGACCAGGCGGGCUUUCUCCUGGGAGACAUUUGUCAGAUAAUACUAGGAAUAUUAUUAAUAUUCUGGAAAAAUUGCAAGUUAAUAUCAAUACUAAAGCUGUUUUAAUAUUUGUAGACGCAGAGAAAGCGUUUGACAAUAUUUCUUGGAGUUUUAUGAAGAAAAAUUUGCAGGGGAUGGGGGUAGGUCAAAGUUUUGAAAAUGGUAUAGGUGCAAUUUAUUCAGAACAAAAAGCCAAGCUUAUUGUGAAUAAUGUAGUUACAGAAGAAUUUAAGAUAGAGAAAGGAACAAGACAGGGUUGCCCAAUCUCCCCAUUGCUUUUUAUAUCGGUCCUGGAGGUUUUGCUCAAUAAGAUCAGAAAAGACCAAUUGGUUAAAGGUAUACAACUCGGAGCUAAACAGUACAAAUUGAAAGCUUUUGCUGAUGACUUAGUUUUGACACUACAGGAGCCAGAAGCUAGCACAAAAAGAGUAUUACAAUUAAUCCAAGAAUUUGGUCAAGUAGCAGGUUUCAAAUUAAACAAGAUGAAAACUAAGGUAUUAGAGAAAACCUUACAGAGAUUGAGAAGGAGAGGUUUCAGAAAGAGACAGGAUUAACAAUUGUUAAUAAAGUGAAAUAUCUAGGGGUGAAUAUGACUGCCAAAAAUGUGAAUCUGUUUAAAGAUAAUUAUGAAAAAUGUUGGUUAGAAGUGAAGAAGGAUUUAGAAAUAUGGUCAAAAUUGAAGUUAUCAUUGUUAGGCCGAAUUGCAGCGAUAAAGAUGAAUGUAUUGCCUAGAAUGUUGUUUUUGUUUCAAACAUUACAAAUUGUGGACAAAAUGGACUGUUUCAAGAGGUGGCAAAGAGAUAUUUCUAAAUUUAUCUGGCAGGGCAAAAAACCUAGAAUAAAAUUUAAGAUAUUAACAGAUGCGAAGGAAAGAGGGGAUUUGCCCUGCCAGAUCUUAAACUUUACUAUGAAUCAGCCGCCUUUUGUUGGCUGAAAGAUUGGCUACUUCUUGAAAAUGUGGACAUUUUAGAUCUAGAAGGUUUUGAUAAUGUGUUUGAAUAGCAUGCAUAUUUAUGGUAUGACAAAGUUAAAGCGCAUAAGGCCUUUAAGAAUCAUAUUGUCAGGAAAGCAUUGUUUAAUGUCUGGGUGAGAUAUAAGGAUCUGUUGGAAAGUAAAACACCAAGGUGGCUGUCACCAAUGGAGGCAAAGGCAUUGAAAAAAACAGAUAUGGAGACAAACUGGCCAAAAUAUUGUGAAAUUUUAGAACAAGUUGGAGAUAAAUUAAAAUUGCAGAGCUUUGAUAAAUUAAAAACUAAAGUUCGAGAUUGGCUUCACUACUAUCAAAUAAGGGAGGUUUUAACCUAGAUAAAAAGAUUGGUUUCCAGGAGGAAAAAUCUAAACUGGAAACGGAAUUGUUAGAACCUAAAACUAAAAAUUUGUCGAGAAUGUAUAAUCUGCUGUUGAAAUGGUUAAAUCUGCGAUGAUUAAAUGGGCACAAGAUGUGGGGCAUAAUAUCAUGUUUGCUGACUGGGAACGGUUAUGGACCACAGGUAUGAAAUUUACGGCUUGUAACGCCUUAAGAGAAAAUAUAAUGAAAAUGAUAUAUAGGUGGUACUUGACCCCAGUCAAGCUAGCAAAAAUCUAUCAUUUGCCUGAUAAUAAAUGUUGGAAAUGUAAAGAAAAUGAAGGUACUUUUUUUUUCACCUUUGGUGGACGUGCCCAAAGAUCAAGGCCUUCUGGGAAAUGAUAUAUAAUGAAUUAAAAAAGGUAUUGAAAUACACUUUUGUGAAGAAACCAGAGGCUUUCCUCUUGGGCAUGGUCGGCCAAUUGGUGAGAAGGGAAGACAGGAAUUUUUUAUGUAUGCGACAGCAGCGGCAAGAAUACUCAUUGGGAAAUACUGGAAGACACAAGAAUUGCCUACCCGAGAAGAAUGGCAGAGGAAAGUGAUGGACUAUAUGGAACUGGCUGAGAUGACCGGCAGAAUUCGAGAUCAGGAAGAAGGGUUGAUGGAAGAAGACUGGAAAAAAUUUAAAAUAUAUCUUCAGAAACAUUGCAAUAUAAAAGAAUGUUAGAAAAAGGUUGGAGAAGAAUAUUAGACCGUAUUGGCAGACAGGGUAUAAUGGAAUAAGUAAAUAUGAAGUGUAAAAUGAGGAUAGAGGAGAAUUAAAUACUUUCGAAUGUUAAAAUAAGUAAAAGAAAAGAAGGUUAGAAGGAUUUGCUGGAGAUACGAUUUAAACUAGAAUACAAAGCAGGGAGGUGAGAGGAAGUCAUGGAAAUAAGUAAAUGGGAAAAUGGUUUGUAAUGGUCAAAUAUGUUUUUUGUUAAUUUUUUUUUUUUUACUGAGAUUUUCUGUUUUUCUUAUUCCUUUUUUAUUGUCUGUUUUUUAUAAGAUGUAUGUGGUUUGUGUUUCUCUCUUUCUAUACUUUUUCUUUUUUUGUAACUAUAAAAUUGGAAUAAAUAUUCUUUAAAAAAAAAAAGAGAAAGCUUGGAGUGUGGAAUACCGUUUCUGAGGACCCCCCAGCCCCUGUGACAGCUGAAUGGACGGCACAGGACUCAAGAGCCAUGGGGAUAAUUUUGCUCUCAGUAGCUCCUGAAGAGUUAAUCACCCUGGCUGGCAAGGCCAGUGCCCGUGAGAUGUGGGACGGGCUUAGAGCCUGUCAUCUCCGACAAGAGGCUGGGUCUGUGUUGCUUUAUUUCAGAAAGCUGCACAGGAAGCGUUUGGAGCCAGGGGAAGACCUUAGAGUCCACGUUUUACAUUUGCAGCAUCUCAGACAGGAAUUGACUCAGAGAGGUUUCAAUAUGCCUGAGUCACUGUUUGCAAUUCUCAUCCUGGACUCCCUGGAUGAAAGCUACCAUGCCGUGGCAAGUCAGCUGGCGACCCUCCCUGCGCAAGACCUCACUGCUACAAAGGUCUUGGCGACUUUGCAAAACGAAUACGAUAGAAGGAAUGCAGCUGAGUCGGCUUGUGCGCUCCAGGGGAGCAAUGUGGGACAGCAUUCCAGCCUCCAGGGGGAGCCAAAGCGUUGGCAGCUGUGAAGUGCUGGAACUGUGGGACCCAAGGUCACACUCAGAAGUUUUGUCCAAAGACUGGAAAUAAACAAAGGAAGAAGCCAGCAGAUGGCCAGAAGCAGAGGGAGGGUGAAGAGCCCAUGCCGGUGGAAAACAACGUUUUGUUUGCUGGCACAGCUUCACCAAAGGCUAAAGGCAAGUCUGAAGGCCAGGAGCAGGGGGGCAAGCUGCAAAAGCCCACGCCGGUGGAAAACAAGGUUUUGCUUGCUGCAAAGGCUGCUCCAAAGGCCAAGGCCAGGUUUGUUGUUGAUUCAGGCUGUACCCGCCAUGUCUCAAAAGACCGCCAUCUCUUUAUCUCCUUCAAACCUCAAGAAGGUGAGAUCCACCUGGCUGAUGGAAAGACGUUGCGAAUCGCAGGAGAAGGGACUGUGAAACUGGCAAGUCUGCACACUACCAUCAAAGAUGUACUGUAUGUUCCAGGCGCUGCAGACAAUUUGCUCAGUGUCCCACAGUUGACUGGGCGUGGUUUUGAGAUUUCCUUCAAGAGGAGCGUCUGUGUCAUCAGAAAAGGCAAAGAGGACAUUUUGCAUGCAAAGUUUAUGGAUGGCUUGUUCUGUAUAACUUAUGACGACAAUGGUGCUGUUGUGUCUAAUGUUGAUUCUUGUAGUGUUGCACAAACUAACAAAGUUCUUCAUGCAGGAUGCAUUCACGAUGCACACAGAAGGUUUUGCCACCUCUCUUGGAAGGCACUGGCCAAGAUGCCAGAGAUGGUUGAGGGUUUGAACAUCAAACCCUGUAAGUUUCACAUGAAAUGUGUAUCUUGUGCAGAGAACAAGGUGAAGGUUGCUCCAAAAGGCAAGGAGUCUAGCAGGCAGGCUUCCAAACCCUACCAGCUAGUGCACGCAGACCUGGUUGGUCCACUUGCGCCCUCUUUGGGUGGAGCAAGGUACUUCAUGGUUCUAAUUGAUUCUUUUUCCAGGUACAUUCAUGUGUUUAUGCUCGAGCAGAAAUCGCAAGCGUUUCCUAAGUUCAAGGCAUUCUGUGCUUGGUUGGAGAAUGUUCAUGGUAAACGCAUUGGCUGUUUGUUUACUGAUCGAGGCGGGGAGUUCACUUCUCAGCAGUUUGAAGCUUUCCUGACUGAGAAGGGAAUCCAGCAUGACUUGUCAACGCCUAGAUCGCCAUGGAUGAAUGGGCUUGCGGAGCGAGCAAAUCAAACGUUGCUGCAAGGAAUGAAAACAUUGUUGCAUGAUGCCAAUCUUCCUGAUAAGUUUUGGGGGGAGGCUCUGUCGAAUUUUGUUUACACUUUUAAUCGUAGGUUGUCAUCACCUAUUGGUUGUACCCCCUAUGAGAAGAUGUUUGGUAAGAAACCCAACAUCAAGCACAUGAGAAUCUUUGGUUCUGACAUGUGGGUACACACCCCACAGAGCAACAAGCUUGGGAAGCGUGGGGCACAUGGUUUGUUCAUGGGGUACAAAAAAGGAGCAUACAGGGUAUGGAUGACUGACUCUAAGUCCAUUAAGUUCACAAAGAGUGUUGAGUACAAUCCUAAGUGGGGGGAAAAUGUGGGAAUUUUCCAGAGUUACCCAGAGGAGGAUGAAGGUGAUGUGAAAGAAGCAGCUAAAGCUGAGGAAGCUGCUGAGGAUGAUGAUGACGAUGAUGAUCAGAGUUCGGAUUCCAGUUCAGUGGGCGGCGCUGCUGCUGAUGUCAGUGACGACACAGCAGACUACAAGAGCGCAAAGGCCUCAGUCAGACCAUCUGAUGCGUCUGACAAUGAACUGGAAGAACCACUGUUCACCAUUGGUCACUUUUCUCCUAAGAAGGAGGAGAUGAGUCCAGAAGACUUGCGUCUAGUACGCAGAUCUGAAAGAGCCACAAAGGGCAGACCUCCAAAGAGAUUUGCUGAUGAGUUUGCUAAGACGGCAACUGCUGUUCUUAGUAGCUCAGAGAAGGUGUGGGAACCUUCAAGCUUCAAAGAGGUUCAGGAGUUAACCUCUAAAGAUGCUGAGCCUUGGCUUAAUGCCAUGAAGGCUGAAGUUGAUUCCUUGAAUAGGAACCAAACUUGGGAACUGGUACCGGUAGUCCCAGGAAUGAGACUGGUUGGCAGCAAAUGGGUCUUCAAGGCCAAGACAGACCAGAAUGGCAAGGUAGUCAGACACAAAGCCAGAUUGGUUGCCAGAGGUUUUCACAGGUACCAGGACAGGAUUACCACGAGACCUACUCUCCCACAGUCAAGUAUGAGAGCAUUCGGCUGAUGCUCAAGAUCGCUGCGGAGGAGAAACUGCAUGUUUCCCAUCAUGACAUUAAUACAGCUUUUUUGUACGGGAUUUUGGGGGAGGAGCUGUUUAUGCUUCCACCUGAUGGAAUGCAGAUACAGAAGGGAAUGGUCUGUAAACUGCGGAAAUCCUUAUAUGGUCUCAAGCAGAGUGCCAGGUGUUGGAACACAAAGCUCACUGAGACAUUGCUUUCUCUAGGUUUUCACCAGGGCAAAGCUGAUCCAUGUGUGUUUGUCAAGGAGGAGGGGCAAAAAAACCUGUAUUGUUUAUGUUUUGUUGAUGAUCUUAUGAUGUUUUGGAAGAAUCAGGCUUUCUACCAAAGCACCCUAGCUCAGCUGAAGGAGCACUUUGACAUGAAGGAUCUUGGUGAGGUAUCCAACUAUCUUUCUCUGCAGGUGGAGAGGGACCAAGCAGGUAAUUUUCUGGUACACCAAACAUAGAAAAUUGCUGAUGUAUUAACCAGGUUGAAUUUGGUUGAUGCAAACCCAGCAGACACACCGAUGGUGACAGGUUACCAGGUAGACAGUACUGCUGAAGCGUUUUCUGACACAACGCUGUACAGAUGCAUUCUAGGCAAGUUGAAUUUCAUUGCUAGAUGCUCAAGACCUGACGUAGCUGUAAGCUGUAACCUGCUUAGCAGACAUGCUAACAAUCCUACUGUUCAGGAUUGGAAAGCUCUGAAGCGCAUAGCCCGCUAUUUGAAAGGGACUUUGCACUACAGGCUGAGGUUCACCAGUCAGAAGACUGGAGGUCUUGAAAUCUUUGCAGAUGCAAGUUUUGGAAGUGACACCACGGAUGGUACAAGCACUUCUGGAGUAUGCUACAUGUACAAUCACUGCCUGUUUGACUGGUUGUGCAAAAGGCAGACGACAGUGAGCCUAAGUUCCUGUGAAGCAGAACUCAAUGCUCUGUCAUUUUCACUCAUGGAUUGUGAAUGGUUGAUGCAACUGUUUAAGGACAUCAGAGUUUCUGUGAAAUGUCCUGUACAAGUGUAUCAAGACAAUAGAUCGUGUUUGGCUUUGCUGAACUCGGAGAGUUGCAAGCAAAGAACCAAGUCCUUGCAGAUUAAGCUACAUCGUGCAAGAGAGUGUAUUCAGAAAGGACUCAUUGAGGUGUCCUACAUGGCAGGAAACGAAAUUCCUGCUGAUCUGUUGUCUAAGGUUGUUAACAGAGAACAACUAAAGGUUUACGUACAAAGGUUGCAAUUGGGUUGAACCACAGGUACUACAGGUUACACGGAAAGGGGGAGGAUGUUAGGAUAUUUCCGUUCCACCUUAAAAGGGAGCAGGCUUUGUGAGUCAGAGUCUGCGUAUUUCCUGUUCACAGGAUGUUUAUGGUUUUCUGUUGCUUUCGUUUUCUCUCUGUGUCGCAGACACUAAAGCAGUCAGUCAUGUUUUUCUGUGUUCUGAUCAACGCUGAAUAAACUUGUAAAUAAUGCUCUCCUGAGUGCAACUUUUGGCUGUGCUAAUUGCUGAUAGAGUGUGCAUGAGCUCUGGAAUGUGUACAAGAUAUUUUCUAGAAACUCAUGUCGCUGCAUGCCUACGGGAGGUCAAUGGAUCGUCCGGCAGACGGCUUGGGGGCCAUGAUGGACUUUAUCUCCCUGGCAGUAUCCCAACAGCGCGCGCGCGCGCCACCUAUUUCCAUUGGCUCAGCCUCCUGGGAAAGCUGCCUUGGUAUUUCAGGAAUGCGGUAGUCAUGGCAACGUUCCCCUCUCACUUCGCGUUUCUCCUGAGCCCGCGCUUCCUGCCUCACUCCAAUCGCAAGCACAGCCUUGGUCAGCUGAUCCAUCGACUGCGGGCGGGGCGCGCGGGACAGCUCCUCCUUCACCGUUGGGGACAACCCCUCCUCAAACAACAUUUGAAUAGGUUCAGAGUCCAGAUCCCACCCGAGACGGUGGACCAACAUGGCAAAGCGCGACCAGUAGUCUCUAACUGACUGGCUCUCCUGCUUGCACCCCAUCAGUUCUCGCCGACUUCACUGGAAUACAUCACAUCCAUCGCCUGAAAGAAUUUAAGGUCCUUCAAGGCAUGAUUUUGCGUCACCAUAAGGGGCCUAAUCCAUUCCCUUGCCCCAUCCUCCAGAUGCCCCACAACAUAGGCCACCCGUUGCUCCUCGUUAGCAAAGUCAUCAUGCUGCAGUUCCAAAGCGUACUCUAUUUCCGUUCGGAACGCAUUGUAGUCCUGGGGUUUCCCCCCAAACUUGUGUACCAGCCCCGGUACCUUCCUUGCGAUGGGGGUGGGUCUGACCUGAGCAUCCUGAGCUCGUCUUUCGUCCAACCGCGCUGUCAGGAGAGCUACAUGCUGUUCCAAAUCUCGGUUUCUCUCUACCAGACCUUGCACUGCAGCUGCUUGCUCCGUCUCUCCGGCUCCUCCGGUCUGGCUCAUGGUGCUGCCUCUCUGGAGCUACGCACAAGCAACGUCAAGGACUGACGGAUUGCUGUAAUGGGUUUAGGGGUGGCUCGUGCGUAAGUUGCCGCCACUCCUGGCUAGGUUACCCGGUUAACCCUUUCUGACUGAACAGCCUCCAGCAUCGUGACUGUCUCAGUCGCUGGCAGAAUCCGUCAGUGGGCGUUUCUUAAACCUUUUCCAGCAUAAAAGUUGUUUGACGCCAAGUCUCCUCCUACUCUCCCUGCGCGGAAGUCUUCUGCGCAGGGAGGGUGUGGGCAGCGGAGUACCCGUACUCUCUCCGCUGGUCUCCAGCAAAGAGUCUUGGAGCCUCCUCCCCGAUUCCCCCACCUGCCCCCUUUCUCCACUGGUGUUACGCUGAUUUCCUUCCCCAGCAGAUGGGCUGCCUCUCUCCCUACUGGGACCCUCUCCUGCAUCCCUUUGGAACCUUCCCUCCGCCUCUAGCUCCGAUGGCAGUUCCCUGACACGCGCUCAUCUCGCUUAAGAGGCCGGGAGCCAGCUCUGUCCGAAGACACUUCCGGGUCACGUGGCCAGCGUGACGAAGCUGCACCAGUGCCGCACACGGAAACGCCGUUUACCUUCCCGCUAUAAAGUGGCACCUAUUUAUCUACUUGCACUUAAGGGUGCUUUCGAACUGCUAGGUGGGCAGGAGCUGGGACCGAACGACGGGAGCUCACCCCGCCGCGGGGAUUCGAACCGCCGAUCUUACGAUCAGCAAAUCCUAGGCACUGAGGUUUUACCCACAGCGCCACCCGAGUCCCAUAUAUAUAUAUAAACACACUUCCCCCCCAGGUGGCACCUGAUUUGAUGUCAUUUCAGCACCAGCUAAUUCCUUUUCCAUUUUCCCAGGUUGUUUUAAUUUUAGUUAUUUAUUUUUUUACCUGUUAAGCAGAUUGGGGUAGUGAUGUCACUGCUGUGCUUUUUAAAAAUCUGCUGGAUCUUCUUAGCAUUUCGGUUCCAGAGUUUUAAUAAGUUUCAUUUCAAUUGCAAACAGCCCUGGGGACAUGGGAGUGCUGGAGGUGCGGGAUGUUGUUGUUGUUGUUGUUGUUGUUGUUGUUAUUUAGUCGUUUAGUCGUGUCCGACUUUUCAUGACCCCCAUGGAUCAGAGCAUGCCAGGCACUCCUGUCUUCCACUGCCUCCCGCAGUUUGGUCAAACUCAUGCUGGUAGCUUUGACAACACUGUCCAACCAAUCUCGUCCUCUGUCGUCCCCUUCUCCUUGUGCCUUCCAUCUUUCCCAACAUCAGGGUCUUUUCCAGGGAGUCUUCUCUUCUCAUGAGGUGGCCAAAGUAUUGGAGCCUCCGCUUCAGGAUCUGUUCUUCCAGUGAGCACUCAGGGCUGAUUUCCUUAAGAAUGGAGAGGUUUGAUCUUCUUGCAGUCCAUGGGACUCUCAAGAGUCUCCUCCAGCACCAUAAUUCAAAAGCAUCAAUUCUUCGGCGAUCAGCCUUCUUUAUGGUCCAGUUCUCACUUCCUUACAUCACUACUGGGAAAAUCAUAGCUUUAACUAUACAGACCUUUGUUGGCAAGGUGAUGUCUCUGCUUUUUAAGAUGCUGUCUAGGUUGGUCAUUGUUUUUCUCCCAAGAAGCAGGCGUCUUUUAAUUUCAUGACUGCUGUCACCAUCUGCAGUGAUCAUGGAGCCCAAGAAAGUAAAAUCUCUCACUGCCUCCAUUUCUUCCCCUUCUAUUUGCCAGGAGGUGAUGGGCCCAGUGGCCAUGAUCUUGGUUUUUUGAUGUUGAGCUUCAGACCAUAUUUUGCGCUCUCCUCUUUCACCCUCAUUAAAAGGUUCUUUAAUUCCUCCUCACUUUCUGCCAUCAAGGUUGUGUCAUCUGCAUAUCUGAGGUUGUUGAUAAUUUCUUCCGGCAAUCUUACUUCCGGCUUGGGUUUCAUCCAGCCCAGCCUUUCGCAUGUUGAAUUCUGCAUAUAAGUUAAAUAAGCAGGGAGACAAUAUACAGCCUUGUCAUACUCCUUUCCCAAUUUUGAACCAAUCAGUUGUUCCAUAUCCAGUUCUAACUGUAGCUUCUUGUCCCACAUAGAUUUCUCAGGAGACAGAUGAGGUGAUCAGGCACUCCCAUUUCUUUAAGAACUUGCCAUAGUUUGCUGUGGUCAACACAGUCAAAGGCUUUUGCAUAGCCAAUGAAGCAGAAGUAGAUGUCUUUCUGGAACUCUCUAGCUUUCUCCAUAAUCUAGCGCAUGUUUGCAAUUUGGUAUCUGGUUCCUCUGCCUCUUCGAAAUCCAGCUUGCACUUCUGGGAGUUCUCAGUCCACCUAGCCUGCCUUGUAGAAUUUUAAGCAUAACCUUGCUACCGUGUGAAAUGAGUGCAAUUGUGCGGUAGUUGGUGCAUUCUUUGGCACUGCCCUUCUUUGGGAUUCGGAUGUAGACUGAUCUUCUCCAAUCCUCUGGCCACUGCUGAGUUUUCCAAACUUGCUGGCAAAUUGAGUGUAGCACCUUAACAGCAUCAUCUUUUAAAAUUUUAAAUGGUUCAGCUGGAAUAUCAUCACUUCCACUGGCCUUGUUAUUAGCAGCUUUCUAAGGCCCAUUUGACUUCACUCUCCAGGAUGUCUGGCUCAAGGUCAGCAACCACACUAUCUGGGGUGUGCGAGACAUCCAUAUCUUUCUGGUAUAAUUCCUCUGUGUAUCCUUGCCACCUCUUCUUGAUGUCUUUUGCUUCUGUUAGGUCCUUACCACUUUUGUCCUUUAUUAUGGUAAUCUUUGUACGAAAUGUUCCUUUCAUAUCUCCAAUUUUCUUGAACAGAUCUCUGGUUCUUCCCAUUCUGUUGUUUUCCUCUAUUUCUUUGUAUUGCUCGUUAAGAAGUCCUUCUUGUCUCUCCUUGCUAUUUUUUGGAAAUCUGCAUUCAGUUUCCUGUAUCUUUCACUAUCUCCCUCGCAUUUUGCUUGCCUUCUCCCCCCUGCUGUUUGUAAGGCCUCGUUGGACAGCCACUUUGCUUUCUUGCAUUUCCUUUUCAUUGGGAUGGUUUUCGUUGCUGCCUCCUGUAUAAUGUUACGAGCCUCCAUCCAUAGUUCUUCAGGCACUCUGCCCACCAAAUCUAAAUCCUUAAACCUGUUCCUCACUUCCACUGUGUAUUCAUAAGGGAUUUGAUUUAGAUUGUAUCUUACCAGCCCAGUGGUUUUUCCUACUUUCUUCAGUUUAAGCCUGAAUUUUGCUGUAAGAAGCUGAUGAUCUGAGCCACAGUCAGCUCCAGGUCUUGUUUUUGCUGACUGUAUAGAGCUUCUCCAUCUUGGGCUGCAAAGAAUAUAAUCAAUCUGAUUUCGAUGGUGCCCAUCUGGUGAUGUCCAUGUGUAGAGUCGUCUCUUGUGUUGAUGGAAAAGCGUGUUUGUGAUGACCAGCUUGUUCUCUUGACAGAACUCUAUUAGCCUUUGCCCUGCUUCGUUUUGAACUCCAAGGCCAAACUUGCCAGUUGUUCCUUUUAUCUCUUGAUUCCCUACUUUAGCAUUCCAACCCCCUAUGAUGAGAAGAACAUCCUUCUUUGGUGUCACUUCUAUAAGGUGUUGUAAGUCUUCAUAGAAUUGGUCAAUUUCAGUUUCUUCAGCACCAGUAGCUGGUGCAUAAACAUGGAUUACUGUGAUGUUAAAAGGUCUGCCUUGGAUUCGUAUCGAGAUCAUCCUAUCAUUUUUGAAAUUGCAUCCCAGUACAGCUCUCGCCACUCUUUUGUUGACUAUGAGGGCCACUCCAUUUCUUUUACGGGUUUCUUGCCCACAGUAGUAGAUAUGAUGGUCAUCCGAACUGAAUUCGCCCAUUCCCGUCCAUUUUAGUUCACUGAUGCCCAGGAUGUCAAUAUUUAUUCUUGCCAUCUCAUUUUUGACUACAUCCAACUUACCCAGGUUCAUGGUUCUUACAUUCCAGGUUCCUAUGCAAUAUGUUUCUUUACAGCAUUGGACUUUCCUUUCACUUCCAGGCAUAUCCGCAACUUUCGUUUUGUUUUUUUAUAAUAAUUUUUAUUAAAGUUUCAAUCAAAAAUUAAACAACAAAGAAAGAAAAGAAAAACAUCAAAAAAAAUACACAAAUACACCAUACAAAUCUCAAAGAGAAAAUAAUAAAAAAACACAAAAGACAAAAAUCAACAAUGAAAAAAGAACAUAACAAUUAAAAACAAUAUCUCUUUUCCAUUUCCGUUUCUUAAAUUUACUUAUUUUCUGGACUUCCUCAUACCUCCCUCUUUUGUAUUCCAAUCCAAAUUGUUUGUCCAGCAAUUUCUUUUCCACUUUUUUAAUCCCAGUCUUUAAUUUAAUAUAAUAUUGAAAUAUAUAACUUCAACUUCUUUAAACCUAAUCUUUAGUCUUAAUGUAAUGUAACAUUAAAAUUUUACCUCUUAAUUGUCAAAUUUCCAUUUCAUUAAACAUCUUUAAUCCUAAUCUUUAGUCUUAAUCUAUCAUUAACCUUAACCUGUACAGCUGGAAACCGUUUAUUUUCAGUCCAACAUCACUUUAACAUUCUUUAAUUUUGCAAUGUUUCUGAAGAUAGUCUUUGAAUUUCUUCCAAUCUUCCUCCACCGACUCUUCUCCCUGGUCACGGAUUCUACCAGUCAUUUCCGCCAGUUCCAUAUAGUCCAUAAGUUUCAUCUGCCAUUCCUCCAGCGUGGGAAGUUCUUGUGUCUUCCAAUACUUUGCGAUGAGUAUUCUUGCUGCUGUUGUUGCAUACAUAAAGAAAGUUCUAUCCUUUUUAACACCAUUUGGCCGACUAUGCCCAGGAGAAAGGCCUCUGGUUUCUUAGGGAAGGUAUACUUAAAUACCUUUUUAAUUCAUUGUAUAUCAUUUCCCAGAAAGCCUUAAUCUUUGGGCACGUCCACCAAAGGUGAAAAAUGUACCUUCAGUUUCUUUACAUUUCCAACAUUUGUUAUCGGGCAAGUGAUAAAUUUUUGCAAGCUUGACUGGGGUUAUGUACCACCUGUAUAUCAUUUUCAUAAUAUUCUCUCUUAAGGCAUUACAUGCCGUAAAUUUCAUACCUGUGGUCCACAACUGUUCCCAGUCAGCAAACAUAAUGUUAUGUCCAAUGUCCUGUGCCCAUUUAAUCAUAGCCGAUUUUACCGUUUCAUCCUGAGUAUUCCAUUUCAGCAGCAAGUUAUACAUUCUUGACAAAUUCUUAGUUUUGGGUUCUAACAGUUCUGUUUCUAAUUUGGAUCUUUCCACCUGGAAGCCAAUUUUCUUGUCCAAUUUAAAUGCCUCCAUUAUCUGAAAAUAAUGAAGCCAGUCUCGCACUUUGUUUUUUAACUUUUCAAAGCUUUGCAAUUUCAGUCUGUCUCCGUCUUGUUCCAAAAUUUCCCAAUAUUUCGGCCAUUUGACCUCCAUAUUGACCUUUCUCAAGGCUUUCGCUUCCAUUGGUGACAGCCACCUUGGAGUUUUGUUUUCUAACAAAUCCUUAUAUCUUAUCCAAACAUUAAACAGCGCUUUCCUGACAAUGUGGUUUUUAAAUGCUUUAUGUGCUUUGACCUUAUCAUACCAUAGAUAUGCAUGCCAUCCAAAUACAUUGUUAAAACCUUCCAAGUCCAAAAUGUCAGUGUUUUCAAGAAGUAGCCAUUCUUUCAACCAGCAAAAAGCUGCUGAUUCAUAGUAAAGUUUAAGGUCUGGCAGGGCAAAUCCACCUCUUUCCUUUGCAUCCGUUAGUAUUUUAAAUUUUAUUCUGGGCUUCUUGCCCUGCCAGACAAAUUUAGAAAUAUCUUUCUGCCACCUCUUGAAACAAUCCAUUUUGUCCACGAUCUGCAAAGUUUGAAACAAAAACAACAUUCUAGGCAAUACAUUCAUUUUACCGCAGCAAUACGGCUCAGCAGUGAAAGCUUCAAAUUUGACCAAAUUUCUAAAUCUUUUUCACUUCAGACCAACAUUUUUCAUAGUUAUCUUUAAAUAAGUUCCCAUUUUUGCUGUCAUGUUAAUCCCCAGGUAUUUAACUUUCUUAACCACUGUUAAACCUGUCUCAUUCUGAAACCUCUCUCUUUCAAACGGUGUUAAAUUUUUCUCUAAAACCUUGGUUUUUGACUUGUUCAAUUUAAAUCCUGCCACUUGACCAAAUUCCUGAAUCAGUUCUAAAACUCUUUUAGUACUAGAUUCUGGCUCCUGUAACGUCAAUACUAAGUCAUCUGCAAAUGCUCUCAAUUUGUACUGUUUAGUUCCAACCUGUAUACCUUUAACCGACUGGUCCCUUCUAAUCAUAUUCAGCAAAACCUCCAGGACCAUAUCCGCAACUUUCGGCUUUGGCCCAGCUGCUUCAUCAGCUCUGAAUCUACUUGUACUUAUCCUGCUGUCAACUUUGUUCUGGAGCUGACAGAGGCUGGGAAUCUAAGCAAGCUGAGGGAGAUAAGGACACUGGAAUGCGGACUGGAAUGUGAGAGGGAGGAGGGGCAGCCGAGUGGCAGAACUUCAGAGAGCAGAGAGCAAGCAGAAGAUAAAAAAGCUCUAAACACCAAUCUUAGCUCAGAGACAGAAGGAAAGAGGCCGGGAAUAGGUAGCCCAAAGAAGAAGAAGAAGAAGAGGAGGAGGAGGAGGAGUUUGGAUUUGAUAUCCCGCCUUUCACUCCCUUUAAGGAGUCUCAAAGCAGCUAACAUUCUCCUUUCCCUUCCUCCCCCACAACAAACACUCUGUGAGGUGAGUGGGGCUGAGAGACUUCAAAGAAGUGUGACUGGCCCAAGGUCACCCAGAAGCUGUAUGUGGAGGAGCGGAGACGCGAACCCAGUUCCCCAGAUUACGAGACUACCGCUCUUAACCAUUACACCACACUGGCUAGAAGACUCGAAGGCGGGAAAAGGUCAGUGAGAGGAGGGGAAAAGAACGGAAGCGGAAGGGUUUUUUCCACUGUUGGAAGAGGAAGGUGCGGAGUUUAGACUCGGCAACUGCUAACUUGGAGUUAGACACGGAGUGAAGGAGCUCCGGAGUGAUUUAUGUGUUUGAGCAAUAAACCUGAGAUAAUUACUGCCGGUGUCUCGCUUCUGUGGAAGAGCCAAGCCAUUACAGAUUGCUGAGUCUCAUCUUAAUCUCUCACACCGGAGGACAUCAAAGACCGUGAUGGAUGGGCAAGUACCGGACGUGGGAAGUGCGGCUGGGGGAGCAGCUGGGGGGGCAGGAGAGCCCACUGACCCCAUAACAGAAUUAAGGAGCUACACGUGGCAGCUCAAAAGCCAAUUAGACAUUUUGGCAGGAGCACUGCAGAACAAAGGUUGACUUCAGAACAGAAAAGGAACCUCAGAGCCAGCAGGGGGCCUGGACUGAUCCCAGCUAAAUACAAUGGAGAUACAGAAAGUUAUGCAGCCUUUAGAACUGAAGCCAGAUACAUUUUGCACUUGAGAUCAACUGAAUUCAGCUCAGAUAAGCAGCGUGUUGCAUGUCUGAUCAGUUGGCUGGGGGGAACAGCUAAGGACUGGGGUAUCCCCCUUAUGGAGACCCAACACAGUGCUCUAGGAAACCUGCAGGAGUUCUGGAAACUGAUGGAUGCCAUGUUCAAGAGCCCACUGGAACACGCCACUGCAGAGCAGCAGCUACUGAACUUGCAACAAGGGGGUGACUCUGUGGCCUCUUACUGGACUACCUUCAAUUCACUAGUGCACAAGGUGGGCUGGGGAUGGAACACAGAGCCCCUUGCAGCCAUGUAUCAUGCAGGGCUGAGUCCUUCGAUCCUGGAUGAGAUGGCAAAGAUGCAACCCAUGCAGUCACUGGAAGAGAUAGUUCAAGCGUCCUUACAGCUAGGGCUACGCCAACAGCAGAGGAAGCUAGAGAAGAGGGGGGCAGGGGGGGCUUUGGGGUAAGGGCCUACACUCCCAAGCUUCCAGAACAGGGGGUUGGCAGCACACCUAGUCAGGGAGAAGCUGUUGAACCGAUGCAGAUUGGAUCGGUGGAAGGGGAGAGAACCAGGAAGGCAUGGAAGGAAGGGAGUCAGCAGCGUCAGGAGACACGCACUUGCUUCGUGUGUGCUAGGCAGGGGCAUUUGGCUAAACAGUGUCCUGAUAGGAAGACAGGGGGAUCCCUUUCAGGGACCAGGGUGGAGGAAAAGCCCAAACCCCAAGCAGAACAGUUGGGAAACGGCCAAUCCCAGCCCUUAAGAGAGGCUAGGGGCUGGGAGACAAGUCAGUAGAGGGGCCUCAAAUGGAACCAGCCGUUCCUGGGAUAGCUCUACCCAUGACGCUACAACUCCCAGAUGGUCGCAGGGUGCAAGGGCAAGCACUGGUGGAUUCGGGGGCUUCUCUAGACUUUGUAGAUGCAGAUUUUGCAAAGCAACACAACCUUGGGACACAGCAACAAGACUCCCCAAUCGAGGUACAGACGAUAGAUGGUUGACCCUUAAUAGGGGGGGAGGUGGUUCAAGCCACACAACUGUUAGGGGUGGAGGUGGUGGGACACAAGGAGACAAUGAGGUUCCAUAUCACUAAGUUAGUGACACACCCCAUAGUCCUAGGAAUGAUGUGGCUCACAAAACACAAUCCUGUCGUGGCCUGGUGCCAACGCUCCUGGUGCCAAGCGAACUGCUUGAGGCGUGAAGUACCUAGAGAGGUGGGAGCGAAGGGGGCGGAGGUAGGAGGGAAACUCACGGGAGAAGAGAGUUCCAUACCCUUGCAGUAUAAGGCCUUCAGAGACGUGUUCUGUGAGAAGGAGGCAGACCAGUUACCCCCACACCGCCCUUAUGACUGCAAAAUAGACUUAGUGCCAGGGGCCCAGAUACCCACCAGUCGCCUCUAUUCCAUGUCAGAGAUGGAGUUAGCCGAGCUGAGGGAGUUCUUGCAGAAUAAUUUGGCAAGGGGGUUUAUCUGACCAACAAAGGCACCAGGGGGAGCCCCAGUUUUCUUCAUAAGCAAGAGGGACACCCCGGAAAAAAGGCUCGUUGUGGACUAUAGGAGGACCAACAAGCUCAUGAUUCCCAGCCGAUACCCCUUGCCACGUAUUGGGGAUCUGCUGGAGAGGUUGAGAUCAGUGAAAAUUUUCACCAAGUUGGACCUGAGGGGGGCCUUCAACCUGAUAAGGGUAAGGGAAGGCGACGAUUGGAAGACGGCCUUUAAUACAAGAUAUGGGACCUUUGAGUACUUAGUGAUGCCGUUUGGGUUGCAAUCGGGCACAGCCACCUUCCAGGCCUUCAUCAAUCAUGUUUUGGCAGACUCAAAGGCUGGAAAAGGUCAGUAAGAGGAGGGAAAAAGAACGGAAGCGGAAGGGUUUUUUCCACUGUUGGAAGAAGAGGAAGGGGCAGAGUUUAGACUUGGGAACUGCUAACUUGGAGUCAGACAUGGAGUGAAGGAGCUCCGGAGUGAUUUAUGUGUUUGAGCAAUAAACCUGAGAUAAUUACUGCUGGUUUCUCGCUUCUGUGGGAGAGCCAAGCCAUUACACCUCUGCUCUUCCUCAGUAGCAUGUUGGAUGCCUUCUGACCUGAGGGGCUCAUCUUCCAGUAUCAUAACUUUUAUAUGCCUGUUGUCUUUGUCCAUGGAGUUUUCUUGGCAGGGAUACUGGAGUGGCUUGCCGGUUCCUGCUCCAGGUGGAUCACGUUUGGUCAAAACUCUCCACUAUGACCUGUCCAUCUUGGGUGGCCCUGCAUGGCAUAGCUCAUAGCUUCUCUGAGUUAUUCAAGCCCCUUCGCCAUGGCAAGGCAGUGAUCCACGAAGGGGGGAGGUGCGGGGUACAAACAUGGAAAAAAUAACGUGGAACAAAUCUGGCAAAGACCUCUUGCUUCUUCUCACUGCCAGGGUGUCUCUUCUGUAUCCACAGUGGCGGAAGUAUCACAGCUCCCACAAGGUCAGCAAGCAGGAGAGCCAGUCGGGCUCCACGAAGGUGCAUGGCAGCCCUCGUGUGAAGCGCAAGCGCCGGAAGGCAGCUCCAGGGCAUCAUGGGCACAGCUGCGAAGAAGGUACAGGAGCCGGGUCUGCGCUCUGACGAUUGCCUUUCCUAAAAGUGUCCAACAUCCAUGGAAGACUCUUUUACGCUGGUCCUGUAGCCAGCAAGGGUCUCUCUCUGCUGGGCACAGUCCAUCUUUGCCUACCUCUUGAGAGAGGGAUGAUCAAAAUGGGUGUGAGCCACUCUUAAAGGGCAGAGCUGCUACCUGCAGUGUGAGGCGUUUCUGUCCAUCCUCUCUGGGAUAUAUGAGGCCCGUUCUCUGAAUUUCUGGCUUGCUUUCUUAAAAUACAGUAGCGUACCUAGCAUUUUCCUUUUUUUUUUUUGGUAAGGGUUAGGGUUAGGGUUACGUGUAAGCAAAGGUUUAACAAACAUCAAGCCUAUUAGACAACUUAAAUGUAGGUUUUUAUUUUAUUUAUUUUAUUUUUUUGCAAUGUCCUCUACCUCAGUUUUUGUUUGUGCAACCACGGCAGGACCACUUGCCUGUUGAGCUGGGCAUGAGGGUACAAGCUGAUGAUAAUGCAAAUCAGAACACAACUGUCUUUUGGGUUUUGCAGCUGUUCAAAUUUUGCAAUACAGCUCGUAGCUAAAAAUAAAUAAAGAUGGGGGGGGGGAGUACCAAAAUACGUUUUAAAUGUGUAUUUUAGGUGACAGGAAGGGCAGGAUAGAAAUGAAAAUUUUAAAGUAUAUUUUCCGAUUAAUGUGGAAGUGGGACAGAGCAGACUGAAUGACUGAACCCAUGCACAGUUUGAUCUGUUGUGCCCUAAUCUCGAGUUGUGUGUCUGAAAACCCCCUUUUGGGUUGGUGGGCUCACUUUCCCAGCUUCACACCUGCUCGUGGCUAAGAUCUCUGGGGAUGGGGGCAGGACGGAAGAUGUACAGCUUCCCUGGACCGAUAGUUGUAUUUUUCCAAAUGGCAGUUUAGUUUUCAGAGCCCUCUUCUUUUUUCUUUUCUUUCCCCCCAACCAAACAAUCCUCCUCAGCUUUUGUUGAGAAGAAAUCAAAGAACAGUUUCCGGGACUUCAUUCCUGUGGUGCUGAGCAGCCGCACACGCAGCCAGUCAGGUGAGUGGCUGAUUCCUUCAACCUGGGGUAGGGGAACCUGGCUAUUUUUCAGGGAGUUGUGGUCUGUCUGAAACAUAUGCUUGUGUGUUGUGUAAAAUCUUCUUAGCUUAGCUGCCUUGGUCCCCCAGUCCCUAAACAACCAUACAGAAAGAGACAAGCAAUAUCUGUGCUUUGGGUCAAUUUAAUUUUGAAACCAAGUGUGCAGGCUUUUGAGUUACACAGGUCUCUUCCUCAGAGUGAAUUUGGAAGAAAAAUCAGCAUCUGGAUUUGCUAAUUGUUCUGUUGUUGUUGUUACUUGUGAAAUGAAUUAUAUAUUAGGGGAUUCUGAGAGGAAAAAUUGGGCACAAAAGAGGGAGGUGUUGCUAAAGCUGAGAUCCCGAGGUGUAGUGCUUAAUUCUGAUUCAAGAGUGGGGGGGGGGGGUCCUUUCCUUCUUCCUGUAGGAAGCAUGGGAGGCUCUUCUGUUAACAUGUUGGAGGAGUGUGGCCAGGAGAUUCUACUGCCGGUGGAAGAGGAAGAAGAGAAUGUCGAGGGAGAGGAUGAACUCAUCCUGAGGCAUCGCAGGCUGAGAAAAUCCCCCCACCUCUCCCCCCACUCCGGCUGCAAAGACAGAGAGCAGUCACCGUCAGAGAAGAGCAGUUUCCACUCACGCAAGGGUCAGGGGAUCCCGUGGCAAGUGGAUGCCACUCGGCAGCUGUGGAGCUGCAAGGAGGCGGAGGAGGAGAGCGGCCACAUCAUACCUACGGGUAUGCCCCACGGAGAGCCUCAAGGUCCAUAAAUAGCAACACCCUAGAGAUCCCGGGCCCUAAGGAAGUCAGAUUAGCUUCAACCAGAGCCAGGGCCUUUUCAACACUGGCUCCGGCCUGGUGGAACGCUCUGUCUCAUGAGACCAGGGGCCUGCAGGAUCUGAUUUCUUUCCGCAAGGCCUGUAAGACAGAGUUGUUCCGCCUGGCCUUUGGCUUGGAAUCAACUUGAUCCCCUCUCCCUCUUUCAUUUUUCCUUUCUCCUUCUGUGAUGGAACUCCUAUUUGGGGACUUCCCUGGUUUUUUUCUGGCCCACGUAGGACCAGUCUGGAUAGUUGGCCUUGAAGAUUUGACGUUUUUAUCCCCAAAAAGUUUUGAUUUGAGUUUCUACUGAAAUGAGGCAGAAUUUUAAUGUUGUAUUUUAAUCUUUGUUUGUUUGUUUGUUUUUGUUUUUUUUAAAAAAUAAAUGAAUUUUAUUAGUAUUUUCCACACAACAACAACAACCCGAAAGAUAUCAAAAGAUAACAAUACACAACACACAAAAAUCAACAUUCGAAAACUAAAAAAGACAACAAAAACAAAACAAAAAACAAACAAAUCCAUAUCUUGCAAGUUAAUAUUAUAAACACUAAAACAACAACAACAUGACAUUGACUUCCACCAAUCCCACAGCACCUCCUUUAUCUCUCAUUCUGUCUUCCUGAUUUCCUGUUUUCUUUAUCCUCUCUAUCCUAACAUCUAGAUAUAAAUCCUUCUUUCAUAUUCUUUCACUUCACAAGGUUAUUCCAGACUCAGCCAGAUUUCUGCCCUCGAACCUUGACUUUUGAGGUAUUCAUUUAGGCACUCCCAUUAUUUUUAACUUCAUUUUUUGGUUUUUGUCUUAUUAUAUCUGUCAAUUUGGCUAAUUCUAAGUAUUCUGAGAGCUUACAUAGCCACUCUCCCCUAGUGGGUAACUGAUUCCCUUUCCAGUACUUAGCCACCAGGAUUCUUGCUGCAGACGUUGUGUAUAAGAAAAAUCUAGUUUUGUCUUUUGGAAUAUCGUCAUUUAAAAUUCCUAAAAGGAAUGCCUCUGGCCUUUUACUAUAUGAUAUUCUUAAUAUUUUCUUUAUUUCUUUGUGGAUCAUGCUCCAAAAUUUCCCAAUUUCGGGGCACGUCCACCACAUAUGGUAGAAGGUUCCUUUUUGUAUCUUGCAUCUCCAGCACUUAUUAUUAUAUGUUUUAUUCAUUUUUGCAAGACUUUCUGGUGCCAUGUACCACCUGUGAUACAUUUUCAUAUAGUUCUCUCUUAUUAGGUAACAUGCUGUAAAAUUGAUAUUUUUUGUCCAUAGUCUUUCCCAUUCAUUAUAUUCAGUUGGGUGGCCCAGAUCUUGUUCCCAUUUUUUAAUAGCGUCUCCUUUUUCCUCCUUUUCUACUUCCCCAUUUUGUAACAGUUUAUAUAUUUUUGAAAGAGUCUGUUGGUUGUUAUAUAAAAUUUCUUUUUCCCAUGCUGAGAUUUUUUUUAUCAAACCCUUAAGCUUACUAUCCUUCUCAAAUAUUGUUUUUCAUAGAAAAUAUUCUAACCAAUUCACCCCCCCCUUUUAAUUCUUCAAAUUUCUUUACUGUUGGGCAAUCUUUUAUCUCUUCUACGAGUUCCCUAUAUGUUAGCCAGCUAUCUUUCAUAUUGCUUCUGUGCAAGGCUGAUGACUCUAUAGGUGAUAGCCACCAGGGAGUUUUGGCUUUUACUAUUGUUUUAUUUCUUUCCCAGACUUCGAAUAGGGCCUUUCUCACCAAAUGAUUAGUGAAUCCUCUAUGUGCUUUUAUUUUAUCGUGACCCAGAUAGCCAUGCCACCCAAAAACUUUGUCCCAGCCCUCCAGGUCUAAGAUUUCAGUAUCUGUCAGUAACAUCCAAUCUUUUAGCCAUGUCAUGCAUGCAGCCUCAAAAUACAGCUUGAGGUUUGGGACUGCGAACCCCGCCCCUUUCUCUAGGCUCCAUCAGUACUUUGAACCUUACACUUGGCUUCUUACCUUGCCAGAUAAAAUUAGAAAGAUCCCUUUGCCAACCUUUAAAACAUUUUGUCCUGAUAAUUAUUGGGAUCAUCUGGAAAAGGAAGAGCAUCUUUGGUAGAAUUGAUAUUUUUAUCAAGGAUAUCCUUCCCCAUAAGGGCAAGUUCAAUUUAUUCCAUUUAUUUAGAUGUCCUUUUAUUUCCUUCCACUUCUUCACAUAGUUAUCCUUGUACAAAUUGGUAUUUUUAUUUGUGAUCUAGAUCCCCAAAUACUUAACUUUCGUGGUGAUUUUAAGGUCUGUUACUCUUUCCAAUUCUUCCUGAUCCUUUACCCCCAUAUUUUUCGUUAAUAAUUUAGAUUUUUCUUUAUUUAACUUAAAGCCUAAUACUUCUCCAUACUCAAACAAUUUCUUUAGUGCUUCUGGUAUACUUUCUUCUGGGUUUUCUGUAGUAAUGAUUACAUUGUCCGCAAACGCUUUAACUUUAUAUUGUCUAUUACCUAGACUAAUCCCCUUGAUUUUUGGGUCCUUUCUUAUCGCUAUUAGGAGUGUUUCCAGCGUCAUAAUAAACAAAAGUGGGGAUAGAGGGCAUCCUUGUCUGGUGCCUCUUUCAAUUUGGAAUUCUUCAGUUAUUUCAUUGUUAAUUAUUAACUUAGCUUUCUGGUUUUCAUAUAUCGCUUUAAUACCAUUCGAAAUUUUGUUCCCAAGUUUCAAACUUUCCACAGUGUGGACCAGAAAAUUCCAGGCCACACUGUCGAAGGCUUUCUCCGCAUCUACCAGUAACAUUGCCACCUUCUUGCUAGGUUUCAUAUCAAUAUAUUCUAGAAGAUCAGUCACUAUUCUUGUAUUAUUUUUUAUCUGUCUUGUUUUUAAGUUGUAUUUUAAUCAAUUGUUUUUAUGCUUGGUGUUAGCCACCCUGAGCCCAGAAUUGGUUGGGGAGGGCGGGGUAUAAAUAAGAAAAGGGGGAAAAAAAGAGAGAGAACGAAAAGGAGGAGGCAGAAAAGCUGGAAGUACCAGACUGGAGAGUACUUGAUAGAGCGGGAGAAAGAGGAGCACACGAGAUGUUGCAACAAGCGGUGGAAAAUGCAAGCAGGUAGCGAAGGGGAGCCACCGGGAACGGCUGCAGGGCAGGGAUCCUCAAGGCGGCAGCCCUUGGUGCAACUUCUGCGCUGUCAGGCUAGUGUUACUUGGCCCUGUGGCAGCUUCACAUUUAACAAUUCACUUACUUGCCAUGGGCAACCAGGAAUCCUAUGCAGGCGAGUGAGUGGACUCGCAAAGGAGGCAUGGACCUUUCUGCCUCUUCUCUGCCAACCUGCUUUGCAGAAUGCAAUUUUUAAAGAAAGCAUUGCCAGUGUUUCUUGCUGGCCGUGGGGCAGGCUGGUAAAUAAAAAACACAAAUUUGUGGGCUGUGCCAGCCCAUGCCAAUACCUGUGACUGGGAGGGUUGUAAGGGGCAGAGAGGGAAACAUCGUUCACCCUGUGUGCCCCCACUGCUCACAAUGGUUACCAGCACUCUUAGUUUGCCCACCAUGUUUCUGUGCAUGUGCAGUAGUUUCCCAUGGAAACAGUGUGAACUUGGGACUGGCAGUCUCCCUUCCUCGGGUCAUCUGAGGUUUUGCCAAGCAUUGACCAUGCAUUUUGAACCAUGUGGUGCAGUCUGAAGUUUGUGAUCCUGCGCCAAGUGCUGCACACAGCCCUGUCUGUGCCUGAAGCACCCCUGGUGGACACCCAUCCAACUUCACCUCCCUAGAGGUUGUCCAAAAUAGACCUCGCCAGCUUCUUAGCCUGCUUAUUUGUUGCUGAACGGCUGUGAAGUCUAUGGAGUGCCCUUUGAACAGCUUAUGCUGCAGCCGUCUUCUCCCUAGAAUUUAAAAGGCAGCGCUUUACCAGAGAGGAAAUAACAAGCAAUUGUUGUCCCUCUCCUUUCUGGCAUCUUUUUUUAAAAAACAAAAACAAAACCCUUUUAGGCCAUUGGAAAAAAGAGGGACAAUUGCUCUUGCAGGCUUGCCAAAUUAAUCCCACUGUCGGUUGCAGGAAGGCAUCCCUUUUCAGCCUGAGUGAGGACAAGUCUUCCGUAGUGGCACGGAGCAAGGCAGAACUGUCCAGUUUGCCAGCUGCGGUAGCCACCAGGGGGCAGCUGCUUAAGCUUGGGCUCUGCUAGCACGGGUGGAAAAAGCUGCAGAGUGCUUCGUGAAGAGCUUAAAGGCCUGGAAGCCUUAAGGGAGGACAAGGCCGCAUGUAUUGUGGGAAAGUUCAUUAAGCAGGAGGAAACCACGUAGAACUUCAAGCACAGCUUCCCUUUAGGGCGAUUGUGGACGUCUGCAGUGUAUCUAACGGUGUGUGCUGCCAGUGGUGUGUCCGUCCACCAGUCUGCUUCUCUCUUCGCCCUCGUUUGUAUGCUAAUUCUUUGCUUCUGGUCAAAGGUAUCAGUUUCCCAGAAUCCUUUGCUUUUGCAGUUCUCUGGCCCUCUGAUCCAUCUUCCUUUCAAGUUGUUAGCAAAGGAUCAUAUACGUCGAUGGCAUAAUAAUAAAUUCAAUAAAGCUAUGGAACUCACUGCCACGGUAAUGUGGCAGUGGCUCAGAAUAAAAGGGAGCUAGGGAAAUAGGUGCAGAAGUUGUGACGUUAGUGCCAUUUCAGUUGGCUAAAAUGGAGCAGUUGCUUAGCAGCACACCAUAGACUGAGGAUGCUGGACAGCUUCCUCUGAUGUACCCACGGCUGGCUGAUAGUAUGCAAGGGGAGCUAACCAAGAAGCUUGCUCUGAAGCCUCUGCUGUUCCUUUCUUUUUCUACUCCCCACUUCUGUUUGCAUGUUCAGGAGCUGAUGUGUGCAUUUGAGCCCAGGGAUGUGUGCAUUUGAGCCUCCUUUGUGCUGUUUAAUCCCCCUCUGCCUUGCCUUGCAGGCUUCAGGUACCGAAACCACAAGGAUGCUGUGCCGAGCAAAGGCUCGGAUCUGUGCUUGAGGAGCAGGCUUUCUCCAACCCUCCAAGGACUCCUGGACUUCCACAAUGGAUUCCUCUUGGAUCACCCCAACUCGGCUCCCAUCCAGGAUGUGCUAGAGAAACCUUCCGGGAAACGCAAAUGCAAAACCAAACACCUCUCAGGCAUCUGUGAAGAGGGGAAGGUACAGUAUUGCUUAGGAGAUGCUGGAGUUGAUUUCGGGAUAGGGUUAGACGGGUGCUGCACCCAGGGCUCUGUGGGAGUCUGAGCUACAAAACCAGGCUCAAUCGCCACUUAAAAGGUUUAGCUAGCAGAUGCUGGGAAAUAACUUCUCUCGGUUGCCUGGGGCUUUGGGAAGUUGCCACUCGGCAUCACAGACCAAGGAUGGGCAACCCGUCACCCCCCUGGCUGGGGUGGGAGGGAGCUGAAGUGCCAAAGGCAGCACAUCCCUGUUGUCAACAGUACUAAUUUAAGCAAAACAAAGAGUUUCAUCCUGGUGUACAGCUGCUUCCUCAGUUCCUGUGAAUGGAUCUGCCAGCAUUUUUCAUUUUAUUUUAAAGGGCUCUCAAUAUGAUCAGAGCAGAAGCCGUGUGUGUAUGUGUUCAGAACCCAAAUGAGCAAUCCGCCCUGGGUACGCCUGCCUGUGCACAAUGCAAAGGCCGAAUGGAUUACUGGGAGCAGAAUUCAGCAUUUGAGAGUCUCGGUUUUCUUUUCUUUUUUUAAGAUUUAAAAAAAUGUGAGCGAUGCCUGUGAGAUCCCACAAAACUGGGCUAGCGUGGUGUUGGAGAGUGUGAUUUACACAGCUGAGAUUUCCGGACUUCCAUAUUGUAUAUCAUUUUCUGCCCUUCUCCACAGCUAGCAGAAGCAGAAUUGAGUGUGCAUACAAAAGUAAUUGUGUUAUUGAUGUAAACUGUGACGUUGUGGAAUGCAAGCUUUUUUUAGAGGUUCAGCAUUCUUCUUCACUUAGCCCUGUUCUGACACUACUCUUCUUCCUCCCCAAUCCCCCCACUCAUUCUCUGUGUUCCAUUUUUUUUUUAAAGGCCAAGGCACGCCUGAGCCAGUUCAAGAUACGCUCUCCAAAGAAAGCUCGGGAACCCUGCUUGUUGAACAAGUCCCUGCAGCACAAAUCAGAAAGAGCCCCUGAGCCCCCCGCAGCCCCGCUGGUGCCCCCUGAAGCUCGUCGACUGAUAGUGAACAAGAAUGCAGGGGAGACACUGCUGCAGAGAGCAGCCCUGCUUGGCUACAAGGUGGGUGCCACUUCUUGCAAGGGGGGCGGGGUGGAUAAACAGCAGGAGACAACUGCUGCCAUUGUUUACUAAUCUUGGGUUGGGGGUUCUUUCGCCAGGAUGUGGUGAUGUACUGCCUGCAGAAGGAAAACAACAAUGUCAACCACAGGGACAACGCAGGCUACACAGCCCUGCACGAGGCCUGCGCUCGCGGCUGGGUGGACAUCCUGCAGCUCUUGCUGGAGCAUGGUGCAAACGUGAACUGCAGUGCGCAGGAUGGCACCAGGCAAGUCCACCGCUGCUGA